AUGAGAAAGCCGACCGCAGACAGAAACACCAAAAACCCCGCCGUCAAUCAUGUGUUGUGCAGCCUCUGCUCAGACUGUCAUACAAGACACGAUUUGGAAUUUUUUAAUGCAUACAGUUAUUUUUAUGUAUUCUUACACGAAGGCUCAAUGUCCCCUUUCAUAGCAGAAUUGAGUUCGCACGUCAGUUCCACAAAAGGUAAGACUUUGUCUCAUUUAAAGGGUUUGUGUUCGCGGUGUCACGGUGUUUAGUUCCAGGUUUUCUUCUGCUUUCCAAUAUUCAGAUCAUGCGCAACACGUCAUUGAGAAAUAGCUGCUAUUUAUGCGCAUAGACUCGUGAACAAUGUGAGGAGCGCGGUUGUUGCUGACGACUUUAUCCAAAUAGUCUGCGGCCAGUCGUGCAUGCCGCCGUGAGUUAGAGCACGGGAGGGAAAAAAAGUGAUCCUUUAUGAGCUAUCGUAUUUAUCUUAAGUGCUGUGAUCGUCUAAAAAUAAAUGGAAUAAGUUUGUGAAAAAGUCCAGAAACAGGCCUGACAGUUCAGACCUCUAUGCUGCGGUCAGAACACUCGAGAGCAGGCAAAAUUAAACCAUUUACUAUUCAAUAUAUGAGGAAAAACAGAUACACUGUGCGUAAUGUAUCCAAUUACGCACGGGUCGGUUACAUCCAGCCAAAACAAUUGCGCGUCUGCGCUCGUGCGCGUGUAAGUGCUCGCGCGCAGCCGGUUGCACCCCCCACCCCACCCACCCACAGCCCCUUAGCCAAACUUACUUGAUGGGGGAGUGCAGGUGAGGGGUUAAUUAAAAAUGACAGCUCGCUUUCUCAGCGCGUGCACUGGACCUGUUUUAAGAGACAAGUGUUUUAUAGACGGAAAAAGUUUCUGCACCCAUGGGACUCCUGCUGUAAGGCCGCCAGUCAUCUCUAUUAAAACGGUUUAACAGCUGGCACCGUAUAUCUGUGUUGUCGCUGAGAAAUAAAAUAUGAUGCAAACUAAUAAAUCGUUUAAUUAAAUCGUGGAAAGCUGAUUAAAAUUUUAUAUUUUCCUAUGUUGUCGAAUUCCUUUUUCCAUUCUUUUAACAUGACAAUUGAAUUAUCCCGCAGAGUCCAUAGCUUGUUAAAACGCGCAGUGAUAAUGGCAUAAUGCAAAAGUGACCCGCUCCUCCGUGAAUCAUCGUCACUUUAAAAGUUAAAGCAAUUUUCCAGAGAAAAGGCUUGACCGAAAGAUGUGCAUUACAGGAUUCAAAAUAGGCAAAUAAUGCUCCAUUAUAGAGUGUGAAUGCUGCCAGUCAACACAGACGCAAUUUGUCCUAAUACUCCUCUUGCUUUAAAACCAGCACCUUUGGAGGGGUGAAUAAAAAAUCAGUCUCAUCAAAUAGUGAGCGCUGCCAGGAAAAUUGAAUCAUUUUUGCAAUCAUGACAAUUUGGUAGAGUGCUGUUAACGGUAUUAAAUGUCUGUUCUACAUAAACAGAGUUGAUUGGUGCAGAAGAAGUCAGAUUAAUUCAAGCGUUUAAUGGAAAUGAACGCAGAAUGUAAGGACAUGUUGAAUCAUGAUAAAAUAAAAAAGCAGGCUAUAUAUUUGUACAAGAAAUAAAAUCUAAGCUCUUUGUAAAAAAUAAAAUAAAAUCCUGGCCUGUUCGUCUUUGAUAAUUAUCAAAUAUUUCGGUUUGAUUAUUUGUUUAGAAGACGUCUUUUGAAACGGUGUGUCCGUCAUAUUUAAAUAUAGAUGCUUUUAAUUCCAAAUAAAAAACUGCAUUACGUGACAUCCGUGCACCAUCAUAUAUUUUUGUCUUUUAUAUCAUUUCUUGAAUUUAUAGGAAAUUUUCUCCCUACAUUCCUCAUGUAGUGAUGAAAUAAUAGGGAUUUUUCUCUGGUGGUGUUUACUCUAAGGAGGAGAACAUGAUCUUGCCUCUUGUCAUUCAAGUGAGAAUUUUUGAGUUGAAUCUGUAAUUCUGGACUCCAUUUGUGAGCACUUCUCUGUGGCAAUUAGGAGCCCAUUACAAGCCAUUAGAUUGAUCAAUGUACCUUAAACAAUGGGAAUGAUUUAUUUGGUCGAACAAAACGGUCUGCAUCUAUUGUGAUGAGUCUAAGUGGGGGUGCAUCCAUCAACAAAAGAUAAAUGAUUAAUUCAGACCUAUUCAUUUAGACUCUUUCCACAAAAGCCGGCCUCACUUGCCUCCAAUCCAGAUUAUUAGAGCCUCAUUUUCUGCAUGUUAAACCAGACAGGCUGCAGGAUUGGGUGAUGUUCCUUUUUUUGGCUAUGCCCCUGUGUGCUUUAAUUUGUAUUUCUGCUCAGGGAAGUUUAUUUGAGGACAUUUAACUAAUUGUUGUAAUUUUGUGCGCUCAUGUGGCUACACCUGUUUCUCUCGCAGGCGGAUGGAGGAAAUUAUGAGUGUAGGGAUGUUCAACUUUAAAACUGUGGGUCUCAAGCUGUACAGUAUUGUUAGAAAUUACACUCUAUGAGAGGAUUCUUUAAGUCAGUGAAUGAAUAUUUUCAAUUGAAAUAUUUACUCUAAACCCUCAAAGGACACAUUAAAACAAGAUAUAUCUGUAUUUUUUCACCUUCAUUUUUAUCAUGGAUUACUUUCAAAGAGAAUGCCUGAGUCUUAUUUGCCAUUUCCUUUGAGUUUGUUUUGUUACUUGCACUUGAAGGUUGCAGGUCAGUGGUUAUAUUGUUGGCAGGUUAAUAGAGACCACAGCAAAGGAAAUAUAAUUGGUAUACAUUAAAGUGCAGUGUGAAAUAAACUGCCUUUGCUGCUGUAGGAAGUCUAUAAGCUCUAAAAACAAAGGGAAAUGGCAGAAUGGCCCGGCCCUGUCAGUAAAGGGAUGCGACUCGUGGAUGUCGUCAGUCAGACGACUGUCAAACUGAUGGUUCAAAUGUUAAUGGAAGGUAUACAGCUGCUGACAACACAGCCAAGCCUCUGAUAAAGAUUAACCACGCUUUCAAUACACAUUUUUAACCUAACAUUUUACUGUAUGAUCAGCCUCAUAGCAGCUCAUCAUCCUGUAUCGACAGCUAAAUUUGGAAGUCCAGGUCAGCCUGCCAGCUUCCAGUGUCAACUUUCAUUUCCAGAGGCUGUGUGUGCUAUUUUGAGGAGUGUGGGGAGCAGUUGAAGUGCAGUCAACUGGUUACAUUUAAGGACUUAGCUUAGCCAGUUUUCCUUCAAUGAAUGUAUUUUUUUCUCUUCUGAGUUGGUGAGCUGUUGUGGAACGUCAGCAAAACUUAACCUUGGGAAAUGGCUCCAAAGAAGGUUGACUAAAAAGGAGCGACAUUAUUCAAAAUCAGCUGCAUGUGCUGUGGAUUAUGUAAUGCCAAGUGCUCCCUCUGACAUUUUACUCACUCUCUUUAUCAGGGAAAAGGGGAUGAUGCACCAAAGCCGCCACCGCUGAUUGGAAGGUUUGGCACCUCAUUGAAAAUAGGGAUUGUUGGUCUGCCCAAUGUGGGGUAAGCAAACGUUUUAUUUAAAUCCACAGCGUUGUCUUCUGACUGUUCAUGCUGCAUGUGUCUUAACCAUGCUUUAGCCCUGCCUGCCCUCCCUGUUACCAUAAAUAAAAAUGCAGUGGAGGCAGGAUACAAGUCAUUUUCAUGACUUCUAGGAAGCAUGAAUUAGCUACGGAAGAGUUUUUGAAUCAAGGAAAUUCAUUUUUUUUGCAAGAGUUCUUUAAGUACAAACACCUCGUACAAAAGCAAAAACAGGCAUGAUGCAUAAUGUGGAGGGUCAGGUCUAAAAAAAAACCCCAUAAUCUACCUCCUUCUGAGUGUCCAUGGAAAAUUUUGCAGUGAUUCUUUUACUCGAGGAGCUUUCCUGGAGUUGUUAAGUGCCACAUGUGACCCAUCCCAUAAGAGCUUUCAUCCAGCUCAUUUACUGUCUCUCUGUUGUAAUAAAAGUGUGAAGCUGCCCAAACAGACAAACACAUAAAACCACAACUUCUUAAUAAGGCCGAUAAAUAGACAAACAUGUGGAAUACUCAAAUGAGCUUUUUAAGCUCUGAUUAUUUCAUUAAUUCUGGACCUGUAUUCUGUAUUUGUGAAUGUGGUCUUGGUGUUGAGGCACUGUGUGCUUUCACUCAGUGAAUAUUGUUUAAUUUCAUACAAAGUCUUAUUGUUCAGAAUGUGUCAUAAUCCAUCUGCAUUUGAAUAAAACAGCAAGACGGCGAGUAAAAAUAAACCUACCACGCUACUGUGAGUGCAAGUAUAAAUGUCCAACGAAUGAAAACAUUAACAAGCCCAAUAAUCCAUUCAUUAUAAAUACCCACUUAACUCUCAUCACUGCAUGCUCUGUACAGGGUCAGGGUCUGUCAUAGAUCACAUUUGUAUCUUAGGCAGCUCAGCUUACAUGCCCCAGUCCACCUAACCUCCACGCCUUUGUGGAGAGGGAGGAACUCUAAAGAUUACAAGAAGUGAACGCAAAGCUGUGUCACUAAUCAGAGGUAGCGUCUUUAUGGGGGAUCCAACCUACAAAGGAUCCAGUCCUGGUAUCCUGGAUAGAUUAGUCAGGUUGAAAUGAGACCACCUGAGACAGAAGAUUUUCAGUUCAUGUCAUCAGCUGUUCCUACUCAUAGCCCCCCUACCAAGCACUGCUGCGGUCACCAAGCAACCUCGAAAGCGGCAUUGAAACUAUCUUACGUAACAAACAUUGUGAAAUCGAUUAUUUUGAAGGUAAGUUUAAGUUUCAGGCCCCUUUUGCUUUUUGGCAUAUCGUGUAUAUGUAUAUAGUGUACUACCUUCUCAAGAGUGUGCUAGAUUAGAUGCACCCCAUAGAUACACUUUUGUCAGAUGCAUUCGAAGUCAUCUUUGACUUGGGACAGCCUUCAAUGCUUCCCUGUGUUGUAAUCAGUCUGGAAAUACACCAAAGGAUGCAGUCCUCCAAACUUGAAACAGACUCACUAACUUAGUGUGAUUUACCUGCUACAUGUGAUUAUUUGAAUGGCAGGUUGCUUCAGUUCUAUGAAAGCGCCUGUAAAAACUUUCAUUGUUUUUUUUUAAUCUCAGCAAACCCUGUAGACCAAAUAUUGCCUCCUACCUCUUUCCUGAUAUUGUCUUGUACAUGGUUAGAAGUAUUCUCGAACAACAAAUCCUCCUGCUGUCUCUAGAGUGCCGAUUGUGUCACUCACUAUAAAUCUUUCUCACUGAAAAUGUAAACUAAAGCACUUCUGGUCUGAACACUGUAAAUCAUUUCAUCUGACAAAGGCGUCAAACAACUAUGCAGAAAUAACUAACCCUGUUGCUCUUGCUUUUGUAUGACUUGGAAAAGAGGUGCCAAAUUUAGUUUGAGUCCCAAUAGAAGCUACGAAUAUGAACUUUUUCUACUCAUAUAAGAAUCAAAAAGCAAUUCAAUCUACAAGGAAAAUUUUAGGCUGAAGCUGACUGGCUCAACAAGAUAAAAUUUGUAUUUACAUGGGACCUGUGUGUGUUUAGACACUGACACACUGUCUGCAUUUCAAGCAUGGUUGAGAAAACCCACCUUGCUAGUAUCUACCAAGAUCAUCAGUGACACUGGUGGUAAAGCAUAAUCGCAGUGCAGAACCGCCAACAGAAGUACAGUGGAAAAAGUUCUGUAGGAUCAUAAAUCUGCAGGUUUUGAGGAGACAAAAAGGCCGGUCAACUCAAGACAUUAUCAAGUGAGUUAGUCAGUGAGAUUCUUUAAAUAUUAUCAAGUUACUGCAAGCUUUCAACAGAAGAGAAGCUGGCAGGAGUUUAUUCUUCUUCUUCUUCACAUGCAGUCUGUCUCAGCUGUUUGGCUACAUUUCAGAGCUCGUGGCACAGAGGGCUCCCUCGUGUCCUGUGUUUUCAUUUCUCACCCCACAGAAACCACAAUUUCUUCCUGGUGUAAGAAGUAGAACUCAACAAGGUUGUGGCCUGCCACACCACAUUUGUGUCAAAACACAACCCCGUAGAUCCUCCCUUGGUUUCCUCAUGAAUGAACCAUGUUCAGACUCCUGCCUGCUCUUAGUUGGGCGUGACUGACCGCUCUACUCACAUAUGGGAAACUUGAGAUUGGGAUUCGAGCAACCUUGCAGCUAUUCCAACACUUGAAGCAGCACAUGUUGUAUUUACUGCUCUAUACCCAAAGGCACAAAAAGUCUAGUCUUGCCUGCUUAACCCCUUAUUGGAACAAACUGUAUGGAGUGAACAGUCUAUGGGCGCAUUAAUAAUGUCAUGUUUAUCGGAAGCAGACAUUAAUUAGGCAGCCAUCCAUUGUGAGAAUUUAACUCAUAAUAAUGGAUCAGUCUUGUAUCGUGUGAAUUUCUGUUGAGUCUCAAAGCUGAAAAUAUCAAUGCCUCUUUAUGACCGCCAAAGCAAAGCAAACUAUAAGCAGCAAGACUAACAGUCUUGAUGUCUGACUCCACAGGGAAGGUGUAGGGUGAGGUGAUUCACUGCCCAAACUGCCUUUUAUUGUUAUUGACAGAUACAUUUGAUAGUUAUGCAAACAGCGGGAUAAGGCUGAAAUAAAAACACCACUUCAACAUGUAAACGGCAAAAUCAGAGGGACUGUCUUUGCACUAAACUGACCCCAACCAAAUACUCCUCACAAGAGCUUUAAAGCCAAACAACUCUGAUCGACAACAAAGAGUGACACAUUUGUAAUCUGAGGAAUAGUCUCUCUUUCCUGUGAACUCUGAUAAGAGGUCAGGUAUUACCUAUUACUACAUGCAGAGUUCAUUCAGUAACAUUUAGUAAACUGUAGUUUCAACUUAUGUAAAGGUCUGAAUUAUGAAUAUGUAAAAGGUAAAAGGCAUCUUUAAAUUUCAGAAAUCCUUCACGUAGUCUUCGACGUUUAGUAAGAGCACUAGAUCCUUAUGCUGCGUUCAAGUUACCUCGGAAGUCAGAUGUCUAAGCUGGGAAUGGUUUCACACCCGAGUUACCAACGUUUCAGUUACCAAGUCGGAAAAAAGCAAAAUUGGAGGCGGAAACAAGAUGGCUAUAUCUACGAAAGGGGAUGCUAAAAUAACUUAAAAUAACUAAAAUAACGAGCGCUAAAAUAACUUUCGUAGAUGUAGCCAACUUGUUUCCGCCUCCGAUUUUGCUUUUUUCCGACUUGGUAACUGAAACGCUAGUAAGUGGAGUGUGACGCCAUUCCCAGCUUAGACAUCUGACUUCUGAGGUAACUUGAAUACAGCAUUAAUCUUGCAUAAACUGCGGUAAAAAUCAAGUGUGUAUGUAAAUUUUUGAUUAAAAAUGUCCACCUCGGUCUCAUCGGUAGUUGGAUUCGAUUAGCCGUCAUCACAUCACCGGUACAUGCGGAACUUUGGUCAUAUGAUUGUGUUGUUUUUAAUUGAUUCUAUGAAGCACGUUUAUGUGCAUUAUGUUGUCAGUAAUCAGAGAAAUCCACCUUUUUUCUGAACCCAUCAAUGUAUAGUAUAUGACUUAUUCCUCAUAGGAAGAAAUUUCCCCAACUCACCAGAAGAAAACUCACUGAAGCCAGGCAAAAACUUCCUCAAACACAUCACUUUGAUCAGUAAAUUACACUCAUUUGCAUUUAAUAUGGAAAAUAAGUGAUUUUCCAAGAAUGGUGUAGACCUAAUAAUGGAAGAAGUGCCUCAGUGGGUUGUCUUCCUUUUGUCCCCCAAGGUGACCCAACAACGGUCGUCAAGUACUGAGAGAAAAAAAAAAUCCAGCUUCUAUAAGGGAAAUUAAUGCAUGUCCUCAUACAAUCUCGAGCAAUUUCAUGCCUAUAGGACUUAACAAACAAUCAUUUCAAUGUGAAGCACUGAGUGAGGGGAUGAAGAUGGCAAGUCCUGGAUUACAGUUAACUGUCGUGCCAUUAUUACUCUUAGACACUUGCCAUUGUCUGUAGAUUUUGAAGUACACUUGAGCUGCUUGUGCCUUGGAAAAGAAAUCUCUCCCUGAUCACAACAUGAGGUGGUCUUUGGCCUGAUCCUGUCCAACAGCUCAGAUCCAUAAGAAACAUAAUUUGCCCCUUGGUUCCAUGUACAAUUGAUCUAUUAUGGGAUUAUCUGACCUUGUAAUUGGGCUUAGUAUUUUUUUUAAAGUAUUUCUGAUUCAAGUGCUUGGAUAUUCAAUCCAUUAGAAAAGCUUUUCUUCCUCGUGCAGACUAGGAAAAAAAAAAAAGGUAAAAUGUAAUCUUGCAUGAUUUACUGGAGUGUUUUAGGAUCAUACUAUCGGACCAUCAGACUCCACACAGCAGCACUUUCACAUGGAUUGCCCUCACUGCUGUUUUUUAUUUUCAGGAAGUCAACCUUUUUCAACGUGCUGACAAAGAGUCAGGCUGCAGCAGAAAAUUUCCCCUUCUGCACCAUUGACCCAAAUGAAAGCAGAGUGCCCAUUCCAGAUGAACGCUAUGAUUUCCUCUGCCAAUUCCACAAACCUGCCAGGUAUGGGGUCUCUCCGUUCUCCUAUUAUUCACACUUCAGAUCUGUAGUCUCCGCCGCUCCUCCUGCUAUAGGUAUGAGACAACAUAUAACAAUGUUGUUGACAUGUUGCUGCCAGUUCGGUGUGAUGUGUGAUUGCUGCGCCUCUCUGAGGUUUUCUAUUGAGGGAGAAAUCUGCAGCAUCUGAAUCUGCAACACCUGGUUAUCAUACACAUUUACAGAGGCUGUUAAAGCAGGCUGGAUUCAGAUUUUCUGUGCUAUACUGACAAAUUACUUGCAAGAUUCACCUAUUUGAGUGACAAGAGUUGAUAUGUUGAAUAAAAGAGAACACUUAAGUCAUGAAUUUUGGUCACAAGAACUGAGAUCCUCCUUUCCAAAGAGCAGAAUGAAUGUCAGCAGCUUUUUCUCUUGGUUAUACCAUUCUUAUACUGGAUGGUUUAUAGUCUAGAAGUCAAUUUGUAAAACAGAAUUCACAGCUUUAAACAUAUUAAUAGAUACAUCAGCAAAUGUAAUAAAGCACAGUUUAAUUUUACUGGUCACCAAUACCUAUCAAUAUCCACUGAACCAAAGGAAAAAAUCCAAAUACAAGAAUUGUAAAUACAUCAGGAAUAAAAAGCAAUGCAAAGGAUAUAUUUUAUCCAUUUGUUUCAAAGACUGCUACUACAAUCCAAAAACUUUUAAAAACACAUAAAUGGACCUCACAACACAGGGUGACAUAGUAAUCAAGGUGACUUUUUGGUCUACACACAGACGCUACUCUGUUGCUGAACAUUCAAGGGCAGAAAAAGGGAAUUCAUAAACAAGGGAAUGAUAGUUUUAAUAGUAAUAAGUAAAGCUCCAGUGAGGAGGGUUUUUAGAUCAAUAAGACAGGCCUAAAUUUAUGCUUGUGUCUUUUUUUUGAUGUCAUAAGGUAAGCAAAACCCUCAGCGACAAGAUGGUUUUUAUUUUAUCAUUUUAAAUGCCUGAAAGCAGAAUGAGGGGUAGGUGUCAGCCAAGCAGCUGGCUUCUAAAACAGCCUUGUUUUUACACAUAAUAUCAAUGGUAAAUGAUGCAUUAUUUGAUGGAAGACACAACUUAAGCAUAUAGAUGGCAAGAUGAGCAAAUACUGCUUUGUCCAGAGGAGGCGCCAAAAUUGACAAAAACUAAAAGCUUCUCACAAGAGCUUUAAGUAACCUACUGCUGUAAGAAAAUGAAAGAGGAUGAAUUUUUUUUCUAUAGUUUCACAUUUUAAAUGUACAGUGUGCAGAAAUGGGAAUAUUUAAAGGUAUCUGGUGGUGGGCUUCGUAGGCUUAGGUGUAUUGGUGGUACAAGAUAGGGGCCUCUGCAGAAAUGUAGAUGUAGAUAUAAAAGGUUCAUUGUUAUUUGAUCAAAACAAAACACCAUGUAUUAUAUUAUAUUAUAUUAUAUUAUAUUAUAUUAUAUUAUAUUAUAUUAUAUGCUCAUUUGAACAUACUUUUAAAUAUUAUUUUUCAUUUCUACCAAUACUGCACAUUGUGUCUUAAAGGCAGAACAUGUUGAUGUAAAGCUGAGUACAGAAAUCAACACAGCACAGGGUGGGUGUUUGUUUGUUUACUUGCAGUACUAAUAUGGGAUAGUAGCCUGUCUUUAAAGAUGUCAACUUAGUGUUUAAAGACUAUUAGUCCUUCAGCUGAGGGAACCUGAGGGCACAUUUUUAAGCUGCAUUGGAUUUGCAUUAGAUGACGAAAUAUUGAAAUAAGAUCUAGUGUGCAAAACAUACUAAACAGCAAUCUCUUUAAGUCUCUUUGAGUUAAUGCACGUAUACAUAAAUGCACUUGAUUUCCCUCAUCUAGGUGGUUGCAUUUGUGAAUGCAAAUGGCCAAAUUUCCCACCAAAAACAAUUUCCAAUCAAAAAAGUCAGAGUGAGCCAGUAUAUGAACAGCAGCAGCAGGUAAAAGUCAGGAAAAUCUACUCCAAGGUUGGGCAGUGUUGAUGACAUAAUAAUCAACUAUAGUACAUAACCAGAGUGAACUUUGUUUAGGUAAUAGUGCGUCAUAUUCUUCCUGCUCCCCAGUAUGUCCUUUUCCACUUAUUCACUGAUACUGUGACUACAUCCUGUUCAUGUAGCUUUCAUAUAAAACUGUCACCAUAAUCCAGGACUCUGUUUCGCACCCCAAUGUUGGAUAUCUUGUAAACAUUACAGGGACUAAUACAGCUCCUAUCCCAAUAACAACAUUGCAAAUUUACAGACCCAGGCUACCCUGAAAUUUUAUGGGAAACUUCAUAGAGAACGCAGGCGUGCAUACAUGCAUAGAGCUGAAUAGAGGCAAAUACUGCAACAUCUCAAACUCUCAGAGUUAAAUCUCCACUGUUGUUCAUUGCUUAACUUUUCUAUUGUAGUAACUGAUGUUAAGAUUACAGUGCAACAGAGCAUUUUAAGAAAUAUCUAUAUAUAAAUAUCUAUAUGAAUUGUGUGCAAAAUCUGACUUUUUUUCACAGCAAAGUCCCAGCUUUCCUCAAUGUGGUCGACAUUGCUGGCCUGGUCAAAGGUGCUCAUGCCGGCCAGGGCCUGGGAAACGCCUUCCUGUCCCACAUCAGUGCCUGUGACGGCCUCUUUCACCUGACACGUGAGUCACAGGUUGAUGGUUGCCUCCUUUUUACAGAACUCAAACUAUCAGAAAAAUCACAUAUACACAUACAUAUACACAGGUUAUUGUAUUUUAUAUUUUAUAUCACUGUAUUUGUAGUAUUCCAUUGAACCAAAAGCUUUUAAAGGGAGAGCUAAAGUUUUGCACGAGCUUUGCAAGUGGAGUAUCAUGUGCGUUAGGUGCCAAGAUCAACCCAAGAGUCAAGAUGAAUAAAAUAAUCAGACCAAACCUCACAUUCCUGCUCUCAGAAUGAGAAUCACAGAAGUGGGAAAGAGUCUGUGUCUGAUUCAGGCUUCACACUAUCAGCAGCAUAUCCUGACGUUUGGAAACAUUACAAGAGAGUCCAAGAGAAACACCACAUGAUAUUAUAAUGUGAUCCCUAACGCCACUUCUGUUUAAGUUUGGAUGCAAUAGAGGUAAGUUAUCCAUGAAUAUGUUAUGACAGUAGCAGUUUUCUAUAAAUGUCUUCAGCAUUUUUCUUAAUAUGCUGAAUGAUGAGUUGAUCUGUACAUACAAAUGAACCCCUCUCUGUCCCUCAAAUCAUUUCUUCUGUCUCUGGAUGUUCUGAGCCUCUGAUGUGGUCUUUGUCACACACAAUUUCAGUAUUUCAAGACAGAAUACUUAGAAUUACAGCAGCUGAAAUGAAGGCAUGGGUCCAAUGAAAAAAGUGGAUUCGUGUACUGAUUGUGUGCCGUUAUCAACUCUCUCCUAGUGUGAAAGAAGCUCUGAUUAGAGAAUCAGUAGUAGUAGGCAUAAAGGUUUUAGAUUAAGGCCAUUUUACCGUAUUGUUCUCAAGUCAUGCCGUGUUACCACUGAGAAAAAUAUUAUCUCUGUCCUUGUUCAAUUUUCAAAAAGCCUUUGACACUCUGUGGUUUGCUCAAAAAGAGGCAGGGGACCACCCACAUUAAGACUGAAUAAUCAUUUACAGAGUGGACGUAAUGGGCAACAUUAAUGGGUCUGUGGUUAACUCGGUUUUUAAUCACUUUUAGUACAAAAAAGGUCAACAAAUGUCUCAUAAACACCAAAAACAACAUUAACUCAGUUGGUCUUGGACUUCCUAAACUUGCCUAGGGUUAUUGGUUGUUUUAUAUAUAAAAAUCUGACCAUUAUUCAUUAGCUUCUUUCGGUAUAAUAUCAAAGGUUAAGUAAUUUCCUAAAAUAUCUGUUCACUGGAGGUUUUAUCAAAGUUCAGUUUGUUGGAAGUUUUUUCAGCUUUGGAGUGUCACAGUUUGGUGCACACUGUGAGAUGUGUGUUGGAUCAACUUACUAAUAGUGAUUAUUAUUUGAGUAAUUAUGAAGUACUUUUGUCAACAUUAUGAUGGACAGAGUUUCAAACACCAGUGGGACCUAAUAUGAGCUCGACAUACAUGUAAGAUCCUCACCCCAAACCACCUCUAAUGUUUUUACUCAGAAAAGAAGACAAACAUCCUCAACAGUCACAAAUAGAAACCAGAGCUGCUUCUUCUUCUUUGCUUCUAUUUCUCCUUCUCAUUCUGUGUGUAUUUACAUAUCUUUGCUGUGGCAUGCCAUUGUUCCCACUCUGGAGAAGUCCUUGGAAACAAUGUGGUAUGUUUCACAAGUUAACCAUUAGACAUUGCUGCUAUUGUUUUGUAUUUAUAUCUAUCUGUUGUCGGGCAGACUGCCAUGCUGAAGACACUACUUUUACAGGGGGCUGAUUAUAUCUUUGGGGAGGGAUGUUUUAUUUAGUCCUGAAAUGAGCAGAAGACUUUAUAAAGAAGCUGCAUUGAGAUGAAAAGUGUCUGUAAUGUAAUGCUGAAUCAUCUGUAAAGUAAUAAAAAAUUAAAACCAAACGUCCACUAAGGAACUUAGGGGAGCAAAUUUUACACACAGAGAUCAAAAAAUGUCUUGGCUUGAGCUAAUAUAAAGUUGUUCAGAUUGAAGGAUCAUUGACGUAGUUUACAUGCCUUUCCAUGGUUAAAGAAAAAGGUUAAUAUCUAACCACUUAUGUGCUGUUUAGUGUGUAUAUGUUUACCCUGUAUCCCCAGUUCUAUUUCAAGUGUAAAGACCAUUCUUAACAUGCAUUAUUAACUUGUUCUAACUUUUCAUUAUGAGUCUUUAAAUUCCCAGAAUAUUUUGAGAGUUUUGAAUAUUUUCAACCUCUAAUGACCUUGAAAGCCGAUGUAAAUAAGACGUUUGCUUUCAACAAUACCUUCCAAGAACUGUGAAGUUGCAUGGUGACGUCCUGAAAGCUGACUUUGUACUGUGACUUGUGUUCCCCGGUCUCAUAAUGAAACCGUUUUCAGGCUGAGUGUUCCCAGUGCGUCCUCAGUGACUGGAUCGCGUCUGGAUCAUCGCUGCCUGAGACACGACACAGACAUGUUCUCCUUCAUCCGCUCUUCUGUUCCCCGCCAGUCGCUCUGCCAGCUCACCUGGCCUUAUUCCCAGAUGUUUGGUUUCCAGCAAUUAGAUGUUUGAAUGCUCACACAGUGUCCCCGCAUCGCUGCAGGAAGGCUUUAGUUCUCUUCUAAUGAAGACUUAUUUACGGUCGCAUGGCACUCAGUAAGAAUGUAGCCUUGAGAUACGGUGGUAUAGCACAUUUACUCUUUGGGGACUGGCUGUGGUUGUGGGCAGCCAGCUGCGGAGAAGCUGUUAUUUUCGGCGUAACGUCUGUUCUCUUGCUGUGAUAUUCAUGCUUUUAGCUCCUGAACUCCUGGUUAAGUUUACAUUUUCCCACUCUCUGGCACAAUCCAAUGACUUCUAGAGUUUUCUCUUUUUUUUAAUUAUAUGUUAGUUCCUUUUGAGAGACUGCAUUUAGGAUUUUCCUUGAUAUAUAGCCAAAAUGGGAAUAUAUAAUGCCUUAUUUGCUGGGAAAAUGCCAUUCUCCUUAACAUCAAAUAUGACAAGUGUUUUGGUAAAUUUGCAUUGAUCUUUACUUUAAACCUCAAAAUAUCAGAUCUUCUUUGAACUGAAUCUCAGCAGCAACUCAGAAAAUGUGACAAGCCUUAAAUUUGGUUUGCAGUCUGGGGGCGACCUAGUAAUCCUAAUUAUGAACCUAAUAAUCUUUAUCAACACAUCAAGUUUGACAUGGGGAAGAGUGCAACAGUAAUGGCUCUUCAGAAGUUACAAGUUUUCACUGUAUCAUCCGCAGUCUUCCCAUGUAUCAUCACAUCUUGAUGAAUGUACAAAUCUGUUGAUAAAGAGCGAUCAAAUGAGGUCACUUCGUUAAUCAUGUAGGUCAGUCUAACCAGUUUGGUUGUUGCAUCAUUCAGAUGUUGGCUCCAGCUCCACUAAUCGCUUACAGUGAAGAAAUCAAACUGAUUGUUUAGCCCCGGGCUUUAAGAACAAACUGGAUUGGGUAUUCAGACAGAGAUGAUUUAUGGCCGACCUGCCUCCUCACUGACGCCAGUGAUGGCUGCUCUCCAGGAUUUCUGUCUCAUCACUCACCAGCUCACAAACUCUCAAACUUGACAAACAUCCAAGUCACCUCACCCGUUCCUGGGACUGCUGUUUGUCUGACUAUCUAAACAGUAAUAAAUGAAUAUCUGGGCUGUUGGAUUUCUCAAUCAGGUGAAGUGUUGAUGUAUUAAUUCAAACAUUCGACUGUUAUGAUUGGAGUGGUCAUUUAUUAAUUUUGCCAGAUAUCUGUUUGUACAGAAAAUAAAUGCAUCAGUGCUGUUUUACGGUUGAGGCCGAAAUGUCACAUGAAAUAUGUUUGAAAACAAACCCCCUGAAGCAGCACGGCUUUGUAGUUUUUAGCACAUGUAUCUGAGAUGGGUAUUUUCGGCUCAAUUUUUGCUCCGCUUGUGAACUUUUUGGUAGCAGUUUGGUUCUCAUGUUGCUUGUCACAAAUGGCUGGUCUGUGGCUCAGUGGUUGUGUUAGUCAUUUCUCAACCAAAACAUCAGGGUUUCAAUCCCAGAUCCCACGGUCCACAUGCAAAAGCGUCCUUCAGCGAGGCACUGAAUCCCCAAACUGCCAUGGCGGUUGCAGUGGUACAAUAUUAUACCAUCUUUAUUAGGGCUUUUACCCUGAAAGACCCACUCCGAUGAAAAUUUAGUUUUUCUUGUUUUUUUACAUGUUACAUUACAUUCAAAUCGCUGUGAACCUCUGGCAGACCCAGAUGGCAGGUUCAGAAACAGUGAGAUUUUCUACGUAGCAAAUCCAAGCUCCGCCCCUGGAGCCCUAGCCGCUAUGCAGGCCACACUCGGAGAAAUCGAGAGGAUGAUCGUAGAACAAGCGUCUGUGUUAGUGAAUUGCAAUUUUUGUAAGAAAGCUAAUUAUGAUAUUAACUUUCGUCAUGUCCCCAAAGACAUUAGUGUCUGAGAGCUGAAUAGCUCCUAUGUUACCUGCCACUUUUGGUUUACAGGCAAUGUUAGGCUGCAAGCUAACGUGAAGACAAGUGUCGCCAUUCGCCACGACUCUGAGGCGAAUUGCUAAAGAGCUACUGAAGCUCUGCAGAAGAAAAGCCCUUUAAAAUGACACAGGUAACGUGAUUUUGGCUAAAAACUUCAUAAUCACAAUUUAAAGACAAUUGAGAACAGUUCAAAUAGUAAAAAAAAGGAAAAAAAUGAUCGGAGUGGGACUUUAACAAACAUUUACAGAAGUUUAGCAAAUAUACUGGAAAAGUCAAUCUUAGAUGUGAUUAUUAUAAUUUUUUUUGUUUUUUUUGGACAUAUUAAUCUCACACUUCAACAUCAAGUCGAUAUAACAAGUGACUUUGAGAGCCAAUAGACAUUUUUAUUCUAGUUCAGGUCUCUCCCACAAAACCCAAAAUUAACAAUUGUGAUAAAACAAAAUUCAAUUACAAAGGAGUAAACACAGACCAAGGUAUUUGUUAACACAGAGAGGAGUAUCUUACCCUGUUAUUUCAUAUUCAAUGAUUAAUUUGCACAGACAGAGUAUUAGCCUGUGUACGCUCUGUUUAUGCUGUUGACUUAGUUCUGCUCAUGUUUUAUUGUGAGGGCUGUUUUCCCAACAAACAGCAGAAAACCCACUAAUUUGUGUGUUUUACACUCAUUUGGAUCCCUGGUAAAUUGCGGCAUAAAGUAGCCCGAUUUUUUUCUGACUGUCAUGUGUCCUUUUUUAUGUUCAGCCAUCGUCCACUCUGUUGUUACAAAGUGGACUGGUUUUUAAGGAGCUAGUGACCGACUUCUGACAACAUACUUGGCCAGAAAACAGUCAGUGUUGUACAGCUGUCUCGGCAGGGUCUGAGCACUCUGCCUUACUUUUAUGUCUUGAAAUACAAAUCAGUCAGAAAAAUACGCAGCCCUCUGCUGUACGAGGCUUUUUUUUAUGUCAGUUGUUUUUUAAACCCAAACUGUUAUUCUAGAUCUAAAUCGUUCAGCUGUGGGGAUCAUGGUCCUUUCUGUGUGUUUUCAGCCUGUGUUGAGCUGCUGUCAUAGCAUUUAAAUGAGCAUUUUGCUUUGAGCUAGAAUGAAGAGUUUCUGUCAGCCUCCACUCAUCGUGGAUGAUUAGAGCAAAAUGUCUCCUCAUCUUGACUGGAGAUCGCCACAGCUCCAGAUCACAUGCUCGGUGAUUGAAGGUCGCAAUAUUUUGAAUUCUAAUGGGGGCUGUGAGAUGAAUUGCCUGAAAUAGACUGUAGAAUCUUCCUGCUUCCUCCUCGUGCCCCCCUCGCCUGUCCGCUGUGAAAAGAACCACUGGGAACGGCGAGGCCCGAUGAUCAUAGAAUUAUUGGAUGGUGAUUCUAAACCCUUCAAAGAGGAGUUGCUAUGGAGAUCUCGCUCCAAACUGUGAAAUGAUUCACCUUUGAAAGGCUGGAGGGCCUGAAAGCUGAACACAUCAUUGUUCAGGUGGCGGUUGGUUAGGAAAUUGCCGGUGCCUGUGCAAUCAGCAGCACUAUAGUAGUUAAGGAUCUAAAAAGGUUUGUUCUCUGGAUGAUGUGGGACAACAGUGGUGUGCAUAUGUCGGCUCCUUUCCAACACCGCUCUCUGCUGCUGCUCCUCUGUUUAACAAAAUAAAUGGAUUGACAGAGGUUAAGCUAAUGAUAAGGGAAUUAACAGUGUUAUUUCCUGGCAGGGAUCAUGAAAAUCAGAGAAUUCUCAGUAGACUUUCUCUCACAUGGAUUGGAUUUGUCUAUCUCUACAUGUAUUUUUGCAGCCAGUCAAAUCAAACAUGGUGGAAGGUCCCAGUAGAUUACAUAGGAAAAGAGGACAUGUGAGGUCCUGAUAUUCAUACAAUCGAACACUGUGAUUUCUGUUUUGAAAAAUGGGAUCAUGACGAAAACGUGAAUGUAUCUCCAAAGGGCUCAAACCCUCUAUUUUCUGAUGUCAAACUGCUUUUUAACAGCAAAUGUAUUUGCUAUAAUUGACACAUGCAAAGAAACAAGGAUGAAUGUGCCACAAACUCUGUUACAGCAGCAGAGGACUACAAAUUGCAGUCAAUUUCAUGUAUCCCUCAAGUGAAUGUCAAGAAGAUAUUUCUUGAAUGAACAUAAAUACCCUUGUGUGCAUUGCCAGUGUUUUUUAUGCUGGGAAGACAUCCAUAAUGUGCUUUUCCUGACAGACUCAUAAAAUAGCUUUUACUGCUCUGAAUACCAGGAGAAUUGCGGCACUGAGUUUGCAUGAACAUUUUAAAAGCAACGCGAGGAAUGCAAGUUCUUUAGAUGUGCUCUUACCUCGUCUUGCAUGUGAAAACCUGCACAGGAAGUUAAAAGUCAAUGAAUACUGUAAUUUAGCUGAAUUAUGUUGACCACAUAUCCUCCCAGGUAGCUACAUCAGAGGAAGCAGCUCAAUCAGUAUUGAUCUCAGCUUGACUCAGAUGACUGCCUUGUCUGUGUACCUGACAGAAAAAGUAAUGAUAGAAGAUAGCUGGAGCUUGCUGGGUGUUUUCAGGUGUUACACUUGUACAGACUGGAAACAGACGACUAAUUUUUUUAUGUUGUUUUUUUUAUAUACUGAAGGUUGAUUUUUGCUUUUUGAGGUUAAUGAAAAUGUCAUUUGCUGUUUGAUUUCUCUCCUUUUUUGUUAAUGUUCAUUUAUGAAUGUCAGUUCAUGGAGUUUUAUUUUAUUCGUCUGCAGUGCUGCUGAAAGUCCAUAAUUUUGCAGAGAUUAGCCUGACCCCUAAUCAGGCCAUUGAACAGCACUCGCCCUCUGGAGACUAAUCCUUUUGUUCUGCUAAUAAAGAAGCACCUGUUAAUGGUGUCUUCAAAACAUGCGCCAUUGAAAUGAAGCAGUAAAAUUGAGAUUGUGAGGCAGAUCUGACUCCUGAAACCUCUGUCUCCUCUUUUUUUUGUGUGCGUCUCUUUCCUGUCUUGCGUGUGGCUUUGUGUGGCGCCGCAGCCUCAUGAGAGCUGUCUUCCCAGAGCUAGUUGUUAAAGGACUAAUUGUGGAGAUGUGGAGAUUUCCCCCUCAGAUUUCCCUCCCUCUCUCACCUCGUGCAUUUGUUCUCCAGCUCCAAGCCUUGAAUGGGAUGGGGGUAAAGUAGAUGUGAAUGUUAAAUUAGGUGAAAUUAAUUAAAGCCAAUUACUUUGGAAUAUGUGGCUGUCAGAGGAGAGUGUCAGCUGAUGACUAAAUAGUGAGUGAUCAGCUGCUCCUGCUCUCUGAAAGCUGCUUUGAAAUUUUGAUUUAUCAGCUUUUUUAUCAGGGAUGUUUAACGAUAUUAAGCGUUGAUUAUUAAUUUCAAAAAGUGAGACGUGUUUUGAAUAUUUUGAUAUAACUGCCCUUGCUUUGGGUGUUUUGAAUAUUUUCGAUAAAUGGACUUUUGAGUAUUUAUUUCUUGAUUUAAUACCAAUCAUUAAAGGUUUAUUUACCAUGUGAGGCUGUUUAAAACCUCUUCAGUCCUAAUAAAUAAAUGGCAAAUUAAACAACAGGCUUGCAUGAAUUUUGCAUCUGAAUCAAAACUGUAUGUCUUAAUUGUUCAUAAUGUAUGUAUAUUCUUGCAGCUAACAAAAUGAUUACGUUGCAUUAUAUUUUCUGAGUUCAUGCAAACACAAUAGCAAAUUUUCAUUCCAAUCAGUGCUGAACAGGGAGCUGGUAAAUUGGAGCAGCAAAACAAUAAUUCCACUGAUUAGCCCCUUUCUGUGUGGCGUAAGUGAACUGUUUAUACUGUGGAGUACCUCUGCAAGAGGAUAGGAACCAAAACAGCCUGAUUAGGCAAAGAGUAAUUGGAUAAGUUCAUUUCAGCAUGAGGACAACGCACAGGAUGACAGCUUGCACAAAAGUCUGCAGCUUCUGUUGACUUACGUGAGCGAUAAGGACCCAGUGCAGGAUCUUUGGGUUUAUCUGCCAUUUUAUAUACAAGGAUUAAUGUGUAGGAGUGAGUGUGAAGAGUGAAGCUUGAUUGUCAAAGAGCUCUAGUUUAGAUUCAUGGAAAAUCAGGUACUAAUUCCUCUUUAACCAAGUAUGAAAAGUGUGAUAUGAUAUUUUGUGUGGAUGAUAAUUGGGGGUUUUAUAUCAGUUUACAAUUUGGCAUCUCUCAAAGUUUAAAAACACUCAGAGCCGCUGCCUGUUAUGAAUGAACAAAAAGAAUUAAGAUCUAAGAUAAAAUGAGUUUGAUAUUCUCAAUCAAAUAUGGCCUACAGAGGCUCAGAGGAUAAUAAAGGUCCUUACACCCCGGGAAUGACGCAAAUAUUUGACACGAAAUUACGAAAUAUUUGGAGGCGAAUUUUGACACGCCUGACUAUACACAUCAAGUGUGAUGCAAUUUUGCUACUUUCCAGGGGGAAAGAGGACGCGUCCUGGGUGGAAGCGAGAAGACUGACACAACACCAGACUGACUGUUUUUCAUGUCUGAUUAGACACUAGUGUUGAGAUGGCUGUCUGUCAUGAUAGCAUGUACUGAGUCAGGGCCAGUACCAGAUAAGCACAUGAAACUAUAAUCCAUAAACGUAAGGUAAAAACGGAGACCUAACAGUGCUGUGACAGCAACGCGAUUGAGUUUUAGACAGUGAAAAUACAUCUGGUAUGUUGUAUCUGAACAGGUUAGCUUACGAGCUAAAGUUACUUAGCACAGAUGAAAGUUAAAACAAAGACGUUUAGCAAACUGUUAAAGCUCACAAACCAUCGUCAUAAAAGAAAUCCGACGCUAUGACUCUCCACAAGUUGUCCUUCAGGUCGUUAUCUUUGUAAUGUUUUUGUGUCUUUUAUCAAAAAGCACUCUGUUCUCCGAUACGUAAACAAUCAGCUGCUCGGCCAUGUUGGAUAUACCGGUGAAUCUCACGUCGCAACAACAUGAAAUCUGAUUGGUCAGAAGUGGACACACAGUAUGCGAAACUUUAGAAAAAUCGACUGUGAUACAAGAAAAUAAAUGCUGUUUUAUCGCAAACUGCUGAUGUGAACGUUUGUAUUGACAGGAUUUGGGUUCGAAAAAAAAUAUUGUCGUCCGAAAUAAUCACACAAAAAAAAUGCUCCCGGUGUGUAAGGACCUUUAGCCUUAAAUACUGUACCUCUGGUUCUGUUUAUGCUCUUAUACCUCCAGGAAUGCAGUUUUUUUCUCAUGUUUAAAUCCGAAAUUUUGUGUUUAUAUUAUAUUGCUUUCUGGCUCUGGUGUAGAAUUGAAAAGUUUGUUUGUACUGGACUGUAUGAACGACACUGUCACCAUAUGAAUCAAUAAUUAUGUAUUUCUUGCCAACAGUAAGCUUGUCUCCUGUAAGUACACGUGUGGUAAUCCCUGACUGAUUAAAUUUACAAUAUCAGCAUUUGGAAAUCUAGCCGUUUUUGUUGCCACUGUUUUCUGUCUCAGGACAUCCUGCCAAAAUGUUGUCAAGGAAAAAGUCAGGGAUCAAUGAAGUCAGGAGUAUCUGCUCCCUCUCCAACACUCCUUGUCAUGAACUCAGUACACAUUUGUGGUCCACUUUAAAGACUUGAGAAACUUUUCACUCAGGACACAAAUAUUUGCAUGAAUCAGUCUCAGGAAUGCUGGUUCCCAUCAUGACUAUACAUUGGUCUGUGAAUCACUAUUUUCUGCAUGUAUCACUGUUAGGACUUGUUGAGGUGAGGUGACAGCUCACCAUGACUGGUAUGGGUAACAUCAUUGACGUAAAUAUCUCGCGGGGCCUCGGCUGUCAUCAGACCUUCAUUGCUUAACACAUGAAUAUGGAUCAUUGAUAACGUUAAGUGACUCAACAUGCACAUUCCAAACAUGUCGCUCAACACCGCCAUACUUAAAGUUAUCAUUCAACUGACAUACACUUCCUUGUUGACUGACGGGAAUUCCCAUUAAGCCACAGUGUGAAACUUCACAAGAUGCUGCAGCAGGUUGAUAUACAAAUGUGUGAAAUCAUAUUCCAGGUCUAACCAUGCAGUAUAUUUGCUAAAUUUUUCUGCUUUAAUAAAAGAGGACAGAUGGGGGGGAUUGGGGGUUUAGAGAGGCGGUAACACACAACGGACAUGCUGGGACAGAGUCUUUAGCUUCAGUACAUGGGGCGCACCCUUAAACUGCCUGCCCAGCCAGUGCCUCGGUUCAUUUUAAUGACAGUUUUUUAGCCAAAACUUAUAAAGAGAUAAUGAAAUUUAGUGCUUUGUUCUGGAUUAAAUUACCCAUAAUACAACAGUCAAGUAGUCCAAGCUACGAGAGUGAAAUGCUUAUGACUUGCCUGAAUUAGUUAUGAUAAAUCAGUGGCAAAACAAUAAAAAUAGCAACAUUUAGUAGUAAUACUGAUACAUUCACGUUUUUUAUUUACUUUAACUUCAGGCAUUCUUUAUAUUUAAAGCUCCUAUAAGGAGUUUUUAUAGCUUCUUAUUUUUACUUUACUCUCAAUAAAUUGUACUUUUGACCAUCAAAGUUGAGUAGGAUGAGUUUUUUUCAGAAGCUACCAUAUAAGCAUGUAGAGAACAAGACGAACAAAGACUGUUUUGACCACAAGGGGCACCAAAGUUAACACAAACAAUCCCUCACAGGAGCUUUAAUGAUAGCGCUCUUACUUCCUUUUAAAGCUGUUGUGAGGUGAGGUGAGGUCUGUUUUACUGUUUGCUGAAAACUAAACUCCUAACAGGAGCUUUAAAGGAAAUUUUAAUGAGACAGUAAUGACCGUUGGGCUAUUCUUUAGAUUGUAUUACUUCUAUUUUUAACCAUAUGCUUUUUUGACAGACCAUCUGCUCACAAUGUGCAAUCUGUGUUGUGUGUGUUAAAGAUUAAUCUGACGUUUUGUUUUUUUUUCACAGCCACAGAUCUGUAAGUGGGAAACCAACAAAGACAGAUAUGAUAUUUCCUUCUAUGAAUUAGACACUGAUUGUUUCCCUUGCAAUAUACCACAUGGAUUAAGGGGUUGGGGCUUCUGAAGGUGCACUGAAGGAAGGUUGGAGGAGAGGGGGUUGUUCAACCUCUCUGGAACAUCAGACCCCACAUUUAAAGAUCUGUAUACUCCCCCUAACACAGAGGUGAUCCAACCCCCUAUUUAUUUGGAAAAGUAUUGACGGUAUAAAAUUAAACUAAUUGCGUGGGCUGUAAAUUAAAGAUACUACAGUCCACAACAGUGGCCACUGGUAAUGUUAGAGGCUGCCACUCUUAUGUGACAGAUGUACACCAGUGUCCCCCCCGCUCGCCUCCCCCCUCCCUCCCCUUCUCUCCCCCCUGAGCUCUGCUGUAGAGUCCUUAAGACUGCUGCUGGCUAAAUGCUCUGCUUCAGAGCCUCAUUACCUAAUCACUGGCACAGCAACGACUAAGACGCAGAUGAUUAGGGGGAGGACUGUCAUCUAUCGUCUGCUAAUGUUGACAUUUUUCUCUUAAAUCACAUUCAGUUUUGUUUAUUCCUCACAUUUUUUACUUAAUGACUAAUACUUUUCAGACAGAGGUGCACAAAAAUGCAUGACCAGACACUCCCCACUUUAUGCAGAUUGACAAGACAGGCCUGUUUAGUUGCACUUAAAGCCAAUUUAAGUAGAACUUAGUUUGACACUGUGAGCUGUGUUUUUUUUUUACAGUUCUGACACUUGGAAACUUAAAAGAGGGAUUAAAUGUGUUCUUGAGUAUUUUAUUGUAUUUGUUAUGACUUCCCUGUGACUCCCACUGUGCUUUCUCAUGUGGAUGUUUAUUUUUUCCCAUAUUCUCUGCAAAAAGCUAAUGAUUUUUGGGGGGGCUAAAUCUAAUCACUGUUUCACAUUCGAUCCCAGGAAGUCGAUGUCAUUGAUUCUGUAGCUCUGAUUUUUAUAUUGUACUUUAUGUGAUCAUGUACAGGAGUGUCAUUGUUACUUGAAAAAAAGAUAUCUUAUACUGUUUCUCUCUUUCUCUCUGGCUUUUGUCUUGUUGGUGCAGGUGCGUUUGAGGACGAGGAUAUCAUUCAUGUAGAGGGGACGGUGGACCCAGUGAGGGACAUGGAGAUCAUCCACGAGGAGCUGAGGCUGAAGGACGAGGAGAUGAUCGGCCCUAUUAUUGACAAGCUGGAGAAGACGGCCAUUAGAGGCGGUGACAAGAAACUCAAACCAGAAUACGUGAGUCAAUGUCCCAGCAGGCCCUUUGCUCCCCCUCACAGCACGGCACAAAUAAUAACCCUCCCACACACACACGGCCAAGGAGAAAAAAAAGUAUGUUUUUUUUAAUCUCCCUCCAAUAGAUGUCACCCCUCCCCCUCUGCCCCAUUUUUUCCUUUUCUGAGAUUGAAAGUGAUCAGGGGUCAGGGGUUUUCUGCUGUAGAAAUCAUUAAUAGAGAGUUACUUAUUCAGCUGCUGACCCUGGGUCAUAGCACUGGGCUAAUGAAAGUGUUUCCACACAGCUCUUUUCAUCUAAAGUAAUACUCAAAUCAUGGCACAGCUCUUGCUCAUGGUCGUACACCUACAGCAGCUCAGGAAAUUGUAUAAGGCCAUGCGGCGGGUGACACAUAUGCCUAUACAGCGCUAUGAAUACCAUAAAUGUUUAGAAUAUUCCCUCACAGAGGAUUCCUCUGCGAGGUGCAGGGCCAAAUGCGGGGUAAGAUGUGCAAAAAAAAAAAAAAAAAAGUCCACAUCCUGAAUGUCAGAUCUCAAUGUAUGUGGAUGCAUAGUGGCUGAGGUAGACAUAUUGUUAAGGUAAUGAGGCUGAGCGGCAAACAUUAGCAAUGAUUUGGUUGUAAAUGUCUCAUGAUGCCCUUCCAUCACCAGAGCAGGAUGAACUCAAGGGGAGCUGGCCUUUCACUCAGAGCCGCAUGCCCAAUUUCAGGCCCAGACACACUGCGGCUCUGACCACUCAUUACGCUAACGAGAGGGGCUUUUUCACCUGCUGCACAGGCCCUGUGUUUGGUUGGUUCCCCUCAGACUAAACCCCCCUCCUCCCGUUACAGCCAGCAGCACUCCCCCACACCCCUGUAAGCCCUACAGACAGGAGCCAUUCAGGCUAGGCAGGUGGCCGCUUACGCACAUAAUUGCUAACAAUUUUAGGCAAUGAAUAAAAAUGAUACAUUACUUGUCAAAGGUUGUGCACACGUCGGCAAGUGAAAUCUAUAGAAGACCUCUUUAGAUGGCGAAGAAUGGUGCUUAUCAAAGGUUGCAGCGAGAUUUUAGAUGGGAGGGAUUUUGUGAUUGUCUCAGGCAGGCUUUUGACACACUCAGAUGUGCUUAGACACAUAUACACAUGUUUAUGUCAGCCUCUAUAUGCACAAUAUGUGUAUCAGGUCUUACAAAAACAGCAGAACUUGUACUUUUCUUUUGUAGAGCCCGAGGAUGAUGUGAAAUUAAAAGGACCUAUUUUGGAAGAUUGUCACUUCCUUAGAUUUUUUCUUCUACAACAUUUGAUAAGGGUCUAAUUUCUUUUGUUGCUCUCACUUUCCUUUGAGGUCUCCAGGUUUUUACGCUGCCUGAAAUUUCAUGGUUGCAGGAAUAUUUCCUCUAUUGGCGCUGAAACGAGCGCACAACUUUUCCAUAAGAUAUAUUAUCAAAACCCAAUUUCUUAACCAGAUUACAUCCAAGAUGACACACUGAACCUGCAUUUUUUAAACACACUUUUUUACUUUUUUAAUUAGGUUUCACCCAUCACUUAAGGAGAAAUAAGACCUAAAUAAAACCAACUACUUUCUAACUUAGUUGUUUGAUAUACCACAUCCAUCUCUGAUACAGAACUCAAAAUAUGCCUGAUAAAAAUGUUCUGUUUGAAGAUUUAUCCAAAUUAAGUUGAGGCAAUUUUGAAUGUCAGAAAAUUAUUUAGAUUCUUUAUUUAAUUAAAAAUAGUACAAAGACUGAAUGGUAGAUGUGGAAACUGAGAAACUCAUUUUGAAUUUGGUGCCAGGAACAUGUUUAUACAAAGUUAGACCAGGACAUUAUUACCCUUGUGUUGCAUCAACUUUACUUUAAAUAACACUUGGUGAACCAGGGGGAAACCAGUUUGAGUUUUUAAGUGUAAUGCUGUCCUGUUUUUGCCUGUUACAAGAUUUCAGCUGUUUGUCAUACUUUUUAUUUCUUGAGGUGCCAAAGUUUUUAGUGGGUGACAAGUUAGGACGGCAGACAGGACAGUGGGUCACCCAGACUCUUAACUGCAGAGUCAUGUUGUUGUAUAUAAUGUGGUUUGGGAUUGGCUUGAUGACAUUUGCAAAGUCCACUAGAAGAAAAGGAAUGAUCUGGAUCUAGAUUGCUUAAAAAACCUGCAUUCAAUAUUCAUCAUCAAUGAUGCUCUCUCAGGUUUGUAUCCCAGCUAUAGGCACCCCCACACCACCAUGGACGCUGUUUUUUGAACAGUGUGCUGAUAACAAGCCGAGUGUUUCCUCUGCUUUUUAGAGUAGGGAACACAGUAUCCAUGAUUUCCAAAAAGAGUGUCUGAUUUUGAUCCAUCAGAAAAAAACACCCCAGUCCAUCCUCAAGAGAGGUUGUCUGUUUUUGGUUUCCUCUUUGCAUGGUAGACUUUCACCUACAGUUGUGGAUUUCCACUGCAGAGUCAGAUAUGAUUGUAAUGCAGCUUUGCCUGAAGGCAUGAUGAUCUCAGCCAUCCAGUGUUGGUCUUUUUGCACAGAGGUUUCUCUGAAUCUUGUUGUUAUGUUCUUAAAUGUAACCCAUAAAUUCUUUGCAGUUAUCCACUGAACAACACCAGGAUAAAUUCUUGAACAUUGCAGUCUUUCAGAGUUAUAAACCCUCCUCUUAUCUUUGCUUCUGAGACACUCGGCUUCUCUGGAUUAUCCUUUUUAUACCCAGUCAUGUCACUAACCUGUUGCAAAUUCAUCAAAUUAAUUAGGACAUUUUCCUCUCGUUCUUUGUCAUUACACAGCUUUUUGGCGACUUGUUGUCCCCAUCCAAAUCUUUUAGAGAUGUGUUGCUGGCAUUAAGUAUUAAAUGUACAUAUAUUUUUCUUCGGGCAAAUGACUUUUCAGUUUUAAUGUUUGAUUUAUUAUAUUUGCACUAUUUUCAAUUAAAUAUAGGACUUGUACAAUUGAAAACCAUCAAAAAAUUCACAUGUUUUACACAGUGUGCCUACUUGGUGUUCAGAUUUUAGUGCUCUCUGGUAUCUCUCAUUAAUACAAUGGCAGUAUGGGAAAUAUCCUGGAUAGUGAAGUUACCAUGUAACAUAUGGAAUCACAAAUCCUUGUCAAAGCGCGACUGUAUACAGUACAUUGUUUAGUUUAUAAUUAUACCGUGUACUUUGAUACCUCACGCUCCCACUUCUAAUUAAAUUAUGCUGGACUUAGACGUUUGUAAUUUUUGACACAAAUGAACCAAGAGUUUUAAGGAAACCUUGUUCUCAUUUUUUUCCUUCUAAAAUAAGACAGAGCAGCAAAAUAAAAUAAAAAGAAUCAGAAGACGAGAAAUGAUAAACGUGAUUAAAAAUGAUAUAAUUUCAGAGAAAAAGCCUUUAGUAGAAAAAAAAAGCAAAUCAUAAAUUUGGGUUAAUUAAAAAAAAAAUAGCAUAUUAUGGUUAAAAUGUUGCUGUCAGGAUAAAAAAAAUUGUCACUCAGCAUUUCAUUGUUGAGCUGAAGCUUCAUUUAUAUGCACACAGCAGCCCAGGGCUCAUAUAUAUGCAUUGUUAGGAAGAUUUAAAUCCAUUUUGCUGGUGCUGUGUUUACAAGAACAAUGUUUCAUUGCCUUUGUCCGUAUGAAUCCUCAAAAUCCCUAUCCUCACAAAACAAUAAUAAGAAGCCGGCCCACCAGCAGCGCUUCAUGGUGGCAGGCAUAUGUGUUUGACCCCUGUGGGACCUAUAUGCCUUUUAUUAACACCUGCCUGUUAGAGGAGCGCUGCACGGCGGCGGCGAGCUGAUGAGGGAAACCUGGAGCGGGUUCAGCCUGUGUCACUGGCCGUUUGCUGUUUCCAUUUCACAGAUGAUUAAUCUCUCUGUGAAGACUUGGGACGGCGCGGGCGGAGUGUAUGCAGCUCUUCCUGCGCUCUCUCCCGCUGGCUGCACUCUGGCUGCCUGACUAAAAGGCCUUUAGAAUUCCUGCGGAGAGAGAUGUGCAGAGAGUGAAUGCAGCUGGCUGGGGGUCAGUGUGUGGAGCUUUUUCUGCCAUUGUGUAAUUGAGGCUCUGGCAGGAUUUUUUUCCUCAGUUCUUUCAAAAGGGAGUAUGAUUGUGAAGUGCUGCAAGGGUUUUGGGGAGGGAAAGAGGAGGUAGGGGGAGUGUUGCAGGGGGUGGGGGAGUUUUUAUAUGAAGGGGGAGGUCAAGUUGACAGGAACAAAAAGAAUGUGUUCCGCUAAUUUCUGUGGGGCUGGAUCAACAAUAAUAGGCUCAAUUUCUUUAUUACAAAUUUUAUAACUACCUCCCUCCCAUUUUCCCACCCUUUUCCGCUUCCAGAUCCUGUCAAGACCCAGUCGUGCCUGUGGUCUCAACCCACAAGUACCUCAGCGAUGAAUGUGGCAUACAGGGCUGCAAAUGCUCAAUAUUUUCUCCAGAAGAAGCGGCGAAUAAUUAGUCCUGUACCUCACUUGUGCAUAUUCAGUCUGACUACAUUCUGCCAAGAGCCUGAGGAAGCACCAAUAAUUCACACCUAAACUUCCAAUUAGUUCCCAGCUCUUUGCAAUCUUAUCUCCCCUCUCUCUCUGUGCUUUUCAUUAAACAGUCCCGAUGGAAUAUUGAUGUUAAAACUCUAAGUGAGACACCCCAGAAGGCAUUUUUGUCAUGAUUUAAAGGAGGGAAGGGGGUCUUGUGCGUGCCAUCUCUGUUAAAGCCAGGCCUCUCCUGCUUAAAUGCGAGCACAGCCAUUGUUCAUUUUGGCAUCAGGAUGCCAUGCAUUUAGGAAAUAAUUACCCCAUACCCUGCUGGGUUUAUAUUCUUUUUCAUCUCCUUUAAUGGCUUCUUGUUCAUUCUCUUUUAACCCCAAACAGGACGUUAUGUGCAAAAUCAAGAGCUGGGUAGUGGAUGAAAAGAAACACGUCCGCUACUAUCGCGAUUGGAACGACAAGGAGGUAAGACUUUGAUGUAACAGUCACAUUUAUUAACGCCAUUUAUCUCGCUCAUCUUUUCAUCUGACCUGAAAGUGCAACUGCUGUUUCUUCUUCUCUCUCUCUUUUUUCUUAAGCAACACGUCUUUUGUGCAUAUCACGAGUUAAUAUUAUGCAUGGUCUUUUGUUGGUUGUAUUUUGACAUUACUUUUGUACAAGCUAAUGACAUCUGGCAGCGCUGAUCUUGAUUUUGAAGCUUUAAAGUUGCACCCCACAGUGCCUAUACACCAGAUCCUAAUUUGAUUUGGCUUCACUUAUCUCUGCCUGCGCCAGCCUCAAAGGCUACUUUGGAAAAAGUUUGAAUUCUCAGUACUUGCUUUUUCUGCCUUUUACACAGAUUGAAGUGUUGAACAAAUACUUAUUUUUGACAUCCAAACCGAUGAUGUACCUCGUUAACCUCUCAGAGAAAGACUACAUCAGGAGAAAGAACAAAUGGUGAGUACUUUGAGGAAAGGCAAGAGCUGUCCUAUUGAUUUUCUUGUAACUUUGAAAAAAAAAAAAAAAACUGUGUGUAUGUGUGUGUGUGUGCGUCUGUGAAUGCAUGUGCUAGGAUGUAAGAAAUGUGUGUGUUAGCCUCACUGAUCUUCUCACUGUGGUCCCCUGCUGACAGAAACAGCCACAUCUUUGAGAGAGGAUCUGCCUGGAGGUGGCACUAACUUAGCUCCGACACAAAAACCAACCAGCCCCCACAUUCUGCACUUCAUUAGACACCAACACACAUAUGGUCCCGGUUUUCCCAUCAAAAUUUGUCAUUACCUUAAUAUCAAAGAGAGCGACGGCUUUAUACGACAAAAAAACAAACAUGUUCGCACAAAGAAAAACAUGUAAUUAAUAUCAUCUGGAGGGGGGCUAUAAAUCAUCACAUAACGCUCUUAUGUCUGAAAGCGCUUUGUUCCAACUAUUCGGUUUUGUCCUCACAUGUUGUUGCUCAAGUAGCUUUUACAAGCUUCACUUUACAGCCAUGAAAUUCCCACAGAUCAUAAUGACAGCUGAGGUUUCCUUGAUAUACAGUUAGCCGGGAGAAAAUGGCAUUUGCACAUUUGUUUUGCUUUUUAACGCCACCGCACAGUGACUUUUAUUUUUGACUUUGCAGGUGCAACGCUUUUCAUAAUGUAAGAAGAUAAAAAGAUGACCUUUAAUGCACUAAAUAAACUUCUUCUCUGUGUUUCCAGCUCCACAAGCCUGUGUUCUGUCAAAGAUACUUUUUAUAGUAAUGUUGUCAUGUGGCCACACUGAGAGCACAUCUCCAAGGGCUGGUGUUAGACAUCCAUUAUAUCUGAAAGGGCUACUUUUCCACACUACAGCCGUUUUGUCAAUAACACCAACUUGUGGAUUGUUAUCACACUUUUCCAAUUGCCCUCCAGGCUUGCGGUGUCACUCCUUACAAAAUUUGUUUUCGUGCUUUUACUUGGCAGCAUUGUAUUACACAGGAAGUUGUUUACCUAGGGACUGUUUGUUGAAAUGUUCCUGACACGAAAGUAUGACUGUCAGACGGAGGAGGGAGGGAAGCAAACUCGUAAAUCAAAUGAUUCAUGGCAUGUGGAACGUCCGUCAUCAGCAGAGGGAGAGGGUUUUUUUUCAUGUUGCGUGUGUGCAUGUGAGUGUUUUUUUAACAGUGAGAAAUGCAAUAAAUCUCAGAGCGUUUUAAACAGUAGUGCUCAGGUGUCCCGAGGGCUCCUCGGUGAACAAUGCCGACAUCAAAGUGUUGAUGUUUGACAAGUGAUGAGUCACUUCCCUUGUCCAGAGAGGAGCUCACACCUGUAUGGAGAUGAUUACAGGUAGAUCUAGCUGGCCCUAAUUGUACAAUAAAUGCUGCUCUCAGCCCUAAUGGCAGCUAGUCUGCAGCAGAGACGCCAGACUGCCAUUUGGCUGUCGCCAUGCCCCCGUGUUUUUCCACCAGCACAGUUGAGAUGAUGAUACGGUUAAGGACUAUUCAAAGCAAACAGCUAGACAAAUUGCAAUCUCAGCUCUAAUGUGAGGAGGAAAAAGAAGGCGAAUCCCAGAAUGAGGCAAAUAAGCCAAUCUUAUCUGUGUCUCUCUGGACACCCAUUCAGGCCAUUUCACACUUUUGGUUCCCAGGAUUUUUUUAAACACUUUUUUAUAUUUUUAGAGCUUUAUUCUGUAGAAGCUGCCACUCAAGCUUUAUGCAAAUCUUUUUUUUCCUCAGCAUUCUGCAGCACACAUUUUUUUUGUUGUACCCUAAAUGUAUGAAAGGUAAUAUUCCUUAUUUCAGUCACCCAGCAGACAGAACAGAAUUCAUUAAAGCUGCAAGUUUUGCCUCAUAUCAAGUAGUUGACUUUUUAAGCCUCUGAAAACAUGCCAUUGUUAACUGAUCUCAUCCUGUUUGGAGUAUGGGAACCACAUACCAAGCUGCCCUUGUUUAGACAAGAAUACACAGUAUUAGCUUUAGCGAGCCAUCAUUAAUGCGAGGAUCAGAAGAGGAGCGAGGCCUCCUUUCAUCCCCAGGUUCUCUGCUGGAGACAGUACAUCAUUUACUGUUGAGAGGAGCACAUGGCUCCAAUCCUAUACAGUGUAUGUGUAUGAGAAUGCGUCCAUGUGCAUGUUUGAAGUCUGUUUCAGAGGCGACUCCACGCUCAUUUGGAUGCUGGCGUAAUUGCGGUGUGGAGAUCAAAGGCUCGCCGGCCGAGUGAUGUUCCUGGAGGAGACUUUACCACACAGCCCUCUCCUCUGUGCAGAGGGGGCCGCCUGCUGCUCGCCGCUCCCCUCUCCCCUCUAACCAUGCUCUGCCCCCUGCACAUCCCCGCUCGUAAAAAAUGAUUAAGGCCGCAUUUGUCAUGUGUUUAUGACUGAGAGGCAUUGCGUGAUAGGGAAUGGCAUCUACAAGAGUCUAUCAAGAGGCUUUCUCCUCUUUUUCCCGGCGUCAGUGAGCUGCCUGACGACUGUUCCUCUGCGCCUCGUACCGUAGUUUGUGUGUUAAAGAGGGUCAUUAGAGUACUGUUGAUGAUGCGGUGGCUGCAGCCUGCCCAGUGUUACUGUGUUUUCACUUAUCACUUAAGUCUUUGUUUAUUUUACAAGUUCACUGCCUCACCAUCUUUGUCCAUCUGCACAGCUUUUAAUAGGUUUGAUAUCAGAUAUUUAUUCAAUCCUCCUCAGAGGCCUAAGAAAAGUCACAUUUUGUGAUGGGAAAAGAUACACUUGAGGAUACUCCAGAUGCACUAUGAUGUUUUUCUUUCUUGUCAUUUCUUUUUAUUUUUUUCCUGCUUUUUUUCUUCUUUUGGACAAUGUGCAUUAAAGUAAAUUGGUGCCUCUUAAGUAGAUGAGGUGACCUUUAAGGAAACCAGCAAGCGUGACCUGUCUGUGAGUGCCUCUGCAGUGUGGGUUUUCCUGGUGAGUGUAAGAACUGCAGGGUACCAUCGCGUAGAGCUUUCAUUAACUCUGGUUGUGUGUACGUGUGUGUGUGUGUGUUUCUGCCUCUAUCAAAGUGUGUGCGCGCAUGUGUUUUCUCCCCGUCCACAUUGACGUUCUUCUUCUCUUUCUCCACUUUUUAGUACUUCUUCUCUCUGUUUAUUUUCAAAUGUGUCUUACAUUAGGUGCCUCGGCUGUCUUCUUUAUACUUUAAAACCACAUCUGAACAAGUCACAUACCACAGCUGCUCCUCUGGUCAACCUUUUUAAUCAUCUUUUUUUCUGCCACCACAAACCCAUAAAUUGAUCUUUCAUAAAUAACUCUCCCUGUAUUUGUCUUGCAUUGUGUAAUUCACAGCGCUGUGUACCAUGCUUGUGCGCUUGUCAGCAAUUUCUGGUGAGUGUCAAAAGACAGCCUGAGUCUGGACAACAAUAACAGUGUGUCAGCACUUCAGUGAUCAAAAUGUCUGCGUCGAGUUUGGUCUCUGUAAGGCUUUGUUGCAUAUGAAGUUUUUAGCAAGAAACUAGCCCAGUCUUGGUCUAUUAAGUCAUUAGAAGUUCAAUGGUAAAGCUGAAGAUCUGUAUUUUCAUACUUUAGGCGAAUCUCAUCAAAAAUCCAAAACCAGGCAUGAGCUGAUCCGGCUUUCUGUUCGGCCUAUCGCAUCUUAAUGCUGUGUACUGUGGAGCUCCGCUGGUCAAAAACAAAUCUACUUUUUUUACAACAAAUUUGAAAAGAUUGAAAAUUUUGAUUGAAUUGGCUUAUUUCAAAGAUUUAAGGCAUUUGUAGGAGAAAAAAAAAGGCAAAGAUCCACAACCAGGGAGGGAGUCAGCAGUUACUGAGAGCAAUAGAUCAAAACCUUCCUAACGUUUCAUAUCUGGUGGGUUUCCACAUGGUUAACUUGUGGUGGAGCUUACUUAAAGGGAAUCAAGACGUGGUUAAAGAGGGAGCAUGGAGAUGAGGGAAAGUCUGCGGUGUCUGAUACUCGACUCGGCCUGUAGGAGGAGCUUUGACAAUUAAAGUCAGAGAGCCCUUGCAGGAGUCGCAGCAUGUUGCUUUUCCGUCUUGAGGGCUUGCACCCAUUUUCCCCCAACAAGAGAACUCAAUUCACAUUUAUCAUCUUCAUGCUCUCAGUUUUCAUGCUGUCUCGUUUUUUUGCCAUACCAUAUUUUAGAAGUAUUGAAAAGCCCACUAAUGAGUAAACUAUGUAUUUCCUUUUAAUGUUAUCACGCUGACAAACAGCCAGACGUUUCUGUCAGGAUUUAGAGACAGUGGAAACACUCAGAUGGGAUGUGAGGGAAAGACUUUUAUGAUUCACCGAAAGCCACUCCAUGAAAGCAGUCACUGCGGCCCACUUCAGCUAUACUCCAGACCAUAAUUCCCAUAAACACAACUGAAACUUUAUUGAGUGCAAAACCACCGGCUCCAUCCAAGUUUUUAGGAACUACUAUCUGGGGAGUUCGAGUUCACUUUUCAAAGCCACAAGGGAGAUAUACGAUCACUUCUUUCUUUUUUACUUUGUGCACAGACGUCCAGUUUCUACCCAUUCAGUGUGGGAUGCUCAAAACACUUUCCCAUGGUAAGAUGUGUACCCUUCUGCCCACAGUCUGUCCUAAUGGACGCCUUCAGCAAGCUUUCAAUGAGAGAAAACAACAGGAGAGGCUGUAUAGUAAAGCUGAAACAGAUGGUGCUAAUAAAGUCCUGUCGUUCCAGUUAGCCAGGUUAUUGACUGUCCCCAGUCCAGGUAAUGAAAGGACGCUGCUGACAUGUCACAUGUCAACCUGUUGUCUUUGUUGUGUCCUGAUGGUGAGGACUCGCUGCUGUUGUUGUACUAAUGAGACAGACCCUAAAAGUCAGACUUUUUCUGCUCGUGUUUGUUCUUUAAUGACUGUGUAAGGAUCCGUUUGCGAUCCACACUGGUUGUCACUUUUCCUCCUUCUUUGGAGGCUCAAACUUGAGGAUGCUAAUGCUAAGUGAGCAUCCUGCAGUUCGAAAUAUAUGUAGACUUUCCCAGCUGAACAACAUGCAUGCUGGGAACUCUUCCCCUGUGAAGCCUGCAGCCUAUGGCGGACAUAAAAAAGAAAUGUCUGCAGGUUUCAAGUCAGUCUAAUGAUACAUUUUGAUAGCUUUUGCUUUGUUGAGCGGCGCUUUUUAUUAUCUUUCUGAUAAGGUUAAGGCCAAACACAUGUCGUAGUGAGCAGCCUGCAGCCUAGCUGCUCUAAUGAGACAAAUAAAUGAAUUUAGCGUUGCCACAUACGGCUCCCGAACGCUUAUUAUCAGGAUUAUUGUUGAACUCUUUCGAACAGGGGGGAGAAAAUAAAAGAUGCCGGAUGGAAAAGGGGCAUGAUUGGCUGAUGUUACAUAUGUCCUUGAUUACCUUUCUCUGCUUUUAUUCUAAUAAGUGGCAUUCUUUGUACUCCCUGGGACAGCUAGACAGUCUGACACACGAUGAGAAUAAAUAUUGCAUGUGGUAGACAUUAAGCUGUCAUCCUGGGAGAAAAAAAAGGAGAGAUGGAGAAAUCCGUGUGGUGUUCUUCGGCGCUACACUUUGCCUGCUCUUGUCACAAUUGUCACAUCUUGAUGACUCCCCCCACUCCACCACAGCCCCCCUUAUUUUCUCUCGCCCAGUCAACCUCUGUGAAUGACAGCAUGGAUACCCCAUAUAGAGAAUUAUUUUGGGUGGUGCAGAAUGUACUCAUCUGGGUUAUUUGAAUUUCUGAUAUUUGCAAUUUUGUUCACCCCCUCUCCUCCCUCCCAAAAAUAUCCUUAAACAAGGCCGUAGCUUUGAUAAUGCGACCUCACCAGACAUGAACCCAGGGCUGGUGGUUUGUUUGGUUUCAUCUAUCGUGUGCAAACACGAGUCAAAAGAUUUCUCUUUAAAAAAUUAAUGGUUGUCGUUAUCAAAGGAAAAAAGUUUCUUUAAAAAAGCUUGUUACCAUCACACCCUCGAGGCUUGUUUGAGGUAUGUGAUGUGAGAUGAUGCUCUUAAUUAAAGCUGCUCCCAUUGUGCCUGCACUGGGUUCUGUUUCCACCAGCCCCUGAUUGCUUUGAAGGCUGAAAGAAGAUGACAAUAUUGGAGAUAGUAUGUCGGUGUGAGUGUGUGUGUGUGUGUGUGUGUGUGAGUGUGUGUGAAUGUGUCAGAUCUCCCUCCUUCUCAGAGGCUGAUGUGUAAUGCCUUUCCAUCCGGCUGUGGCCACAGGGUGCAGAGAGCGUCUGCACUCUUGUCGCUCAGGAGCUCACCACUGGGAGGAUGAAAAGCUUCCCACAGAGCCCCCGACUUCUCAGCCUCAAAAGCCACCAUGAGCUCAUACCCCUCAUUUCUGUCUCCCUUCACAGAGGAAGGACAGAGGAGGGGGCUCACUAUGUACUACACAUGGUGAAGCAUCUUAACCCCCCUAUGCAGCUUGACGUUGUGUAGUCCAGGACCAGCAACACGGACUGGACCCCAGGUUUGGGCUGCCCCUGACUAAUGAUUCAUCUGGUCAAGUAGUGGUUAGUUUAAACUUAACAGUCCCAUUCAGACAUUCAACCAUGCAAUCACACCACUCUGAUAAAUCAUUACCCAAAACAGAUUCACAUCACGGAGAAAAAUAAGCUUCAUGUUAUUGAGACACUGCCAAAAUUAAUGAAGAUAAUCUAAUCUCCAAACUUUAACACGACAAAACAACCUUAUAUCAGCGAUUUGGAAUUAACCUCUCACAACCCACCAACAGUUCAUUGAUAAACCACUAGGGGUCGUAAACAGUACUUCAGGUAUCACUUAUUUAAGCCUUUUGCUGCUUAAUUAUCACAUGUAUAUAAUCCUAAUUCAAUAAUCAAAUAAUAAAUAUAUGAGAGUAUAAAAAUGUUAUGAGAAAUCCAAUACUAGUUUUAUCGCCCAGUAGUUCAAGUACUCCACAUGUAGAGGCUGAAGUAAUCAUUGCGGUAAUCAUUGAUUUCCGGCCUUGACUUUGCCGUGUCUUCUCCAUUUCCCAUCUGUCCUAUCUGCCUUAUUUGGGCACAAAUACCCAAAAUCAUAACAUUAAAAAAAGUUCUGUAUAAAACAAAGCUGUAAACAAAGUCAGUGCAAUGACAACACAUUGGUAACACAGUGCAGGCAGAUAAGAGGGUAUGAAACAGAAUCAUGAAAUAUGGAGGAGGCUGUGAUUACAGCUGAUCAAACCACAUUUGUGGAUUUUAAUCACAUGAAAUCACUCUGAGCAUUUGGCACGUUGGUUUACAAAAUGUUCAAGAUCCAACUAUGUUGAAUAAAAACAUAAGAAACUGAGUAUUUGGGAUGGUUUGCCUAGCAGUCUAAGCAUGUGCCCCAUGUAUAUAGAGGCCCCAGUCCUCAAGCAGGUGGGUGGCCCAGUUUUCAAUCCAGCCUGGGGCCCCUUUUCCCCCCAGCACUCCCUACCCUCUCUCCCAGUUUCCCUCUCUAUCCACCCCACUAUCAUCUCCAACUUAUUAUCAUAUUAACCUCCCCCAAGUUGACUGUAGUCUGAAAUGUUGCUGAUUUAUUUAGACGGACUCAGUUUGCUUUAGUGAGUUCUUUAGCGAGCUAGCACCUGUUAAUAUGAAGUGAAAAAGCUCAGUAACCAAACAGCUGGUGAAUCCCUGUGCAGCUCCUUCGCUCUCCACCUGUGGGUGUGUGUGAUGAAGCUAAGGUGGAUGCAGGUAGUGGAUUACUUCCCAUGUCCGUCAGCGUUCAGUUGCAUCUGAAAGGGGUUCUUAAACUGGAGGUGUCGGCCCACCUUUUACAGGCUUAAGAGGCUAAGCACUUCUAAUAAAGCCUACCUGUAUGAAUGUAUGUCAGACAUAAGGCUCAGGUCAUUGUCUCAGGUAGCUGCCCCUGUACUUUCCAAACUCCCAUUGUUUUUCCCUCCUGAGCCAUUUAAGCAGAUCAAAGCUCUGACAAAGCCCAGAGAAGCCCCAGGCAUGCGGAAACACAGGAAUUAUCCCCCCCUCAGGAUUCCCAAACAAAAAGACAAAUAGACUAGCCCCAGAGGGUGGCCCCCUGUGGGACAUCUCCAUUCAGCACCAGCCUGUUGUGGAAGCUCCAAUUGUUUUUGUCAUUGCGCGAUAUAUUGUCCUUUGAAUUAGAUGUGGUGUUGAUACAACAGGCAUUAAACCUAAAGCUAGAACGAACGACAUUAAAAGCCUUUCCCCAGUUAACACAACCAAAACAUAAAAAAGUCCUCUGAAUAUGUGAAUAUUUUGUAAGAGCUCGAGUAAGAGAACUAUUUCCCCCCCUCGAUUCAAGAGCAGCAAGAAAAAGCACAAACAAGGCUUGUUCCUUAGCUUUGUUUGAGCCUUCAAGCUGCUGAAUGAUUAGCAGAAAUAAUGUCCCUGUCACCCUUAAUCACAUUAAAACGUGGUUAACAUUUAAUUUUUCCCACUUGAUAUGCAAAAAUUUCCACUUGAUUUGCAGCAGAGGCCAUUGGAAUUCCAUUAUAAAAAGAAUAAAAAUUUCAGGCAUCAUUUGUUCAGAGAGGGAUAUCAAGACCAGAAAGUGCUGAAUCUUUCUAUUAAGGGAGCAGUGAGAGAUGGCACUCAAUGCUGGGACAUAAUGGGAGAGUGACAAGAUGCACACACACUCACACACACCAAACACACACACACUUUUUUUUUAGUGUGUGUAUGUGUGUAGUUGAUUUCUGCAAACCUCUGUCUUACGAGAGCUAGUAAAAAUGUUAUCCAUCUCAUCCGUCUCAUUAUGUAAGUUCUUGACUUUCUUCUCUCUGUGGAUGAUAUGAAGAAAAACACAUCCUCCAAAGCCACAGAGGAGAUUGAUAUUAUAUUUACUCACUGACACUAAGGACUUAUAGAUGCAGCGAGAUUAUGGUCAAGGUUUACAUGCAUGUCUUCAUAAAUGACACAAGUGCAAGAACAAAGGCCCUGUAAAAUCUGCAGCAUGUUUUACAUUAAUGUUUUCUCCCAUUUGCACUACCCCAUAAAACUCCACAGCAAUAAUUGGAAAGGACAUAAACACAAAUUGCAAAGUGGCGUGAGUAGACAGUGCUGAAUUUGACAGAAUCGCUUUUGGGAGCCAUGUUGACAGAGCAUCAAAGCUCUUAAUUGACAGUGCUUUGUUUCCGGAGUUGAGGGAAGGGGGAGUUUCAUGUUCCUGUGGCAAGGUGUUUGUCUGGUCCCGUGUCACUCAGUGCAAGGACCCAGAGACCCCCGUGCUCAUUUGCGGCUCACGUUCUCCGUCUCGGCUCUGCAUUAUUAAAAUCAUCCCUCAGCCUUUCUACCAAGAGCCUCUUUGUUACUGGGCCGGCUUGGCUCGGCUCUGUCAAGUCUUCACCAAUUACAGUCUCAGGUACAAUGGUCUAUUCAAAGGAUCACAGCCCUUGACUGGUGUGGAGAGAGUGAUUUGUGAAUCAUUAUUCAGCCGCCUGUAGAGUACGCAAUACCUGAGGAAUGCAAAUAACGUGCCACCAAAUAGACAGCUGUGCUGGGAAAAGUGACAAACUACAUCUGUUAUUAUCUCAGAUUGGAUUUUUUCCCCUCUUGGAGCGCCUGCCAUCUCCUAUGUUUUCACAUUUCAGACUUUGACUAAAUGUGUUUUAUUUUCCUGUUUUUAUUGGUGAAACAUUCGCGACUAUCUUAUUGAGGUGGCAGUCAAACGUUAGCCUUGAAACCAAAAUACAAACAGAUAGGGAAAUGUUGGGCUGCGACCAGAGGGACAAACUGGCUCAUGAGUACUUUCAAAUGUACCCUUUAGUGUUAUCCAGGGUGGUUGGGAAAAACAUCCAGUCAAACUAAAACUGUGCUCUUCACACCUUUUCUUUCUUGUCAUAUAUUGUAUAUUGAUAAUCAUUAGGUAGGAGCAGUGAUGUGCUGCUAUAGGUGAUAAGGGGUGACAUUGUUAUUGGAGUAGAUGUGGUAUUGAGGUGGUCGGGUCCCUCCCAGUCUUUGAUUCCUAUGGGCCUUAAACAGGAAACUAGGAUUACAGAUAAUGACAGGGACCCCUUUCGAAUCAAUCCAGCCUAGGAGCUGUGUCAGGACCGGCGUGUGAAAAUGGAUUUAUGUGAUGCUGUUCUUUGAGACCCGUCCAAUCCCAGCCUGAGAGCAUGUGGGGCUAAUCUCAUAAUUGCCCCUAACUCCCUCAUAUUGUUCCGACUGAGAGUUACUAUUAAGUGCGAGGAUAUCUUUGUCCUGCAAUGUCAGGUGUCCUGCUGCACCGAGAGACAAAAGGAGAAGGAGACUCGGGUAGUGGAGUGAAUGACAAAGGUGUUUAUGAGGGAGAAAGUGCUGGAACUUCCUGCCUGGUUGUUUGGUGCUGUUUGGUAAAUUAGGAUUACGGAGUUGUAUUUGUUAUGGGCAGAAAAAUAUACGGAGAAAGAGCUAACAUACGAGUAAAUUUACUCAGCUGCGGUACCUAAAUGCAGGUCUUAUUUUCAUUGUCAUUACAUUCUAGUGUUAUACUUCUUUCCCUCUAAACUGCUGUUUUGCAGAUAAUUUUCAGUGAAAAAUUGAUGAUCAAUUUAUGCUCACAGACUAUAUUUAAUCUUUCAGUCUUUGUUAAUCUACUUUUAUUCUGGCCCCACUCAAAGCUAUUUUCUCAUUUUUUUAUAUUUAUUGUUUUUUCUUUGCCAUUUUCCUUUAUUUUUCUUAUUUAAAGAUAGAGAUAAUUUACUGGGGCAUUUUUACAUAUUCUUGAUCUAAACUUAUGCAAUUUUAUUUAUACAAUUUACAAAGAACAGAUUUUUUUUUAAAGCUCCCAUGAAAAACUUUUUGGAUCGUGUGGAUUUUGGCGCCCCCUAAGGGCCCUCCCUGAGAGUGGUGCCUCUUAACUGUGCGCCAAGUUUUUCUUGUACAUUUGUCAGUGAUGUUUUUCAACAGAAAAUCAAACCUUGCUUUAUCAUUUUUUAAGAAACUUUGCUGUUUAAAAAAAAAAAGGCAAGUACAGCAGCGCAACUCUUCACAACUAGCACCUAAACCUGCCAAUCAUCUAUAACAUUUAUAUUCACUAUUUAAAAUAGUCAGCUUUGAUGUUGAUGGUAGUAUUUACAUUUUUAGGUCAUAAAGAGGCAUCAGAACAUAUUUCAGUCGGUUUCGUGAUCAGCUUAAAUGGAGCUUUAAGUCGCUUAAAAAAAUGAAUGUUGUCACAUAAUCAACUGAAUUUGAUUAUUUGCAGUUGUGGAUUUAAAAGUUCAGUAAUUUCACAUCUUUAAUUCCAAAACUACCAUGCACAAGAGUACAACACGAUGCAGUCCAAACACCCCUGUUUAUCAGUGCAUGAAGAGUACUUUCCCUUGGGUUAGUUUGAGUGUGGUUUGGUGACAUUACUCUGUAUUAUAACUUUAGCAGGAUUUUAAAUGCAGGGUUUUCACUCAUUAAGAAGUAUUGGCUGCUACAGUGACUUUUUGAAAUAUGUUUGUGUUUAUGCUGUUUUGUGUGAGCAUGUCAGCUCUGAUGUUAUAUAAAAAAGUUUUUCUAAGAGAAGAGUUAAACUCGGCGACAGAAAUGCCGCCACUCUCCUGCAAACACUCACCUGUGCAGCUGCUCUCAUGAAUAUACAUUGACCGGCGUAUUAAUCAAGUCUUCUCUCUCUGUUAUUUUUUUCCCUGUAUCUGCUGAUUUGACCAGGCUAGUGAAAAUCAAGGAGUGGGUGGACAGUCAUGACCCCGGCGCCUUGGUCAUCCCCUUUAGUGGCGGCCUGGAGAACCAGCUCCAGGACAUGAACGAAGAGGAGCAGCAGCAGUACUGCACGGAGCAGAAGACGCAGAGGUUAAUUAGCAUUCAGUCUCCCCACACUUUAUUAUCAGCUGUGUCCUCCAUGCACUCCUUUAAUUGCAUGUGCUGAUAGAAUAAUAAAUGGCAGAGUAAUUACCAUUAUAAAGCAAAGGAUCCCUCUUCUUACCGAACAACUCAGUCAAAGGGUUUUCCUCUAAAUUAAGUUUUUAACUGUCAUCUGUCAUCUGUAGGUAUAAUUAUAACUUGGGCAUUUUGGGUGUAUUGUUCUCACGUGAAAACCUCUAUGGAGAGAAAAUUUUUGACAGUAGAUUGUUUUUUUUUUUUUUUUCUCCCGUGAAGAGGGAGGCAUGGGAUUGAAUUCUUAAAAAUGCUAAAUGAGUCUGCGAGCUUUGUAAUUAAUCAAAGAAACCAUUGGAGAGUUGAAUGUCUUGUGUGAAACCAAGUGACCCAUCUUAUUCUCUUAAUGAGUUCAUAUUGGGAUGAAUGGGGCCUUUGCCACCGCAUUGAACUUUGUCUUGGCAUCAGUAGCAAUAAAUAACACUUCACCAGUUUAGACCUCCUCCAUUCAAACUGGGAUUUCUUUCCACCAGUGCCCUGAGCAAGAUCAUCAAGGCCGGAUACGCAGCCCUGCAGCUGGAGUAUUUCUUCACUUGUGGUCCAGACGAGGUCCGUGCGUGGACCAUUCGGGUAAGAGCCAGCCGCCUGCUGUGCACAUACAUGUGAGCGUGUGUACCAGACACACACACGCAAGCACACACACACAUAGACACACAAAUGAAUCCACACAGUGUCCCACGUUCCAGCCUGCUGGCACCCUCACUGAUAUCACACACUUUCAACUUUGUCAUGGUCGUGCUUUAGCCAGUCAUUACAGGCCAAGGAUAACUUCAAUUACAUGUGAGCUGCUGAACAGUGAAAGUGGGGGCUACAUUGAUUGAGGAGGGCAACAAUUGAUUUUGCCCAUUACGUCCAUGAGAAUGUUUCCAUCCUGUGCAGAUCUGCCUGCCCUCCUCCUGCCGCUGGAGAUAAGGAGCCGCUGCAUUGUGCCUGCCUAAUCUGUGUGACGGAGGGUGUCUGUGCCAAAAUUGAUGUCGCUUUUCAUUCGGCUGUUUGUGGGCCUUGCUGGGGGCUCCUCCCUCCUGUGUGUCUCAGUUUACUGAGCGCGGGCCGCCAAGAGCUUUGUGCAACAAGAUCGCAGGAUUUACAUCAAUACAGAUGUUGGCUUUGCAUGCUGGUGUUGUGAAGAAACGCUUUUUUGCUCUGCAGAAAAUAGGAGGAUUGCUUUCAGAUAUAAUAAGAUGUUUGGUCAGAGCUUAUUCAUCAUUAGUUUAUGCCGCUUGUUAAGAAAUUAUAAAAACAACUUUUCAAAAGACACUUUGUGAGGAUCUAAGAUUUGGGUUAUGUCCCAUGCAAAAUAAUAAAUCCAAAUUAUUCCUCAGAUGCUUGAAGUGAUCAACAUUUUGAAUUGAAUUUUACAACGCAGCAAACAUACAAUUUUCCAACAAACACUUUUUAUGAAGUAUUGUUUUCAGCAAUAACAUCAAUUGAAAAAAUCUGUCACCAAACAGAUCCUCCCUUAAUCCAGCGUUCACAUAUUGAUGACAAAAUGAAAGAACUUCUUCUGGUUUCUUUUGUGGACCGGGCAGCCACAAAUGAUGUUUAUUUUCAAGCAAUAACCAGAAAAACAAAACAUGACGCACUUUGACCAUAAUUGCAGAUGGUGCUAAAGUGAAAAUUAGGCUUAAACUUAACAAUGUGUGUGUGUGUGUGUGUGUGUGUGUGUGUGUGUGUGUGUGUGUGUGUGUGUGUGUGUGUGUGUGUGUGUGUGUGUGUGUGUGUGUGUGUGGCAUAUCUUUUGUGGGGGGUUUAAGAUUAUUUGAAGAUUUUGAUAAAGUAUUUACAUGUUUUAACAUGUUUUUAUGUUUUCAUUGAAAAAUCUGAAAAACAAAAAAAGUUCAAUAUUACUUGUUUGUUUGUUUGUUGCUAAAUCAGAUGAAAAAAAAUCAUGCAUGCAUGAUUUAUUAAUGUCACCAAGAUGUUUUGAAUUAUAUUCUGUUACAAAGAACUAUUGCUCCAUUGAAAUGUACGAAUCAGAGCAAAUUAUUUCAUUAUCUCACAAAUUGAAGGAAGUCUGUUAAUAUUCUGUCAUGAGAUCACGAAGUUCCCCUCUGAGAUAAACGUGGGUGAGUCUGGAUACCAAAUAAACAAACAUGAUAGCUCACAUUAACAUUUACCAAAAAUAUAAACAAAAAUUAAAAAAAACAAAAUAACAUACUAUUCAUCCAACUGACUGUGAGAAAAUACACCGGCAGAUGAACUAUUUACCUCACAAAAGGACACCUUACAGAACCAGAAUAAAGGGAAUAUUUAUAGAUUUAAGAAUAAGAUAGCAAAUAAUAAACAACCAGUCAACAACUGGACGAGCACAGGAUAUGUAAAUAAUAAAGCUAUGUACAGAAAUCACAGAGCAUUCAGAAAAACAGUCAGUUGUGUAUUUUUUUAACAGUAAGUUAUGUAUGAAAAGUGGAGAGAGUUGUGGAAAUAUGUCCAAGUGCAGUAUGCAGCAGUGAGCAGUAAAAGGACAUCUUCCAGUGCAGUGAUGUUGGGAGGUCAAGUUUUAAUGAUGGAUGUGUUACAAAUUGUGACCUGAAAUGACCUUUCAGUGUUUAACACAUAAAAGAACUCAGCAGAGAUUCAGGUAUGUUGGUUUUAAAGACUGUGUGCUCUCUCUCAGCUUCAUUUUAGGAUGCUGCUUUUUCUUCAUCGUGAGAAGAAACAGAGACACUGAUGUUAAAAAUAAACAAUGCACGCAGCACACCACGCUUGUCUCCAUGAGCAUUAAACUGCAUGAAAUUGCAGAUAAAUAUUUGCAUUAAAGCCACAAACUCAUUUUUAUGUCAUUUUUGCAAAAAGAUGAGCCACCUGUAGAUAAAUAGAUUUAUAUUUUAUGUAUUUUUGCAUCAGGUCUUGUGUCAGUUAAGGUAAAACAUGCCCACACAAGUUGGUAAACAGGAACUUUUGGUAAAUAUUUUCUCGAUGGCUCCUUAGACCUGAGGGGAAGGUGAGCUCACUUCCCUUUUUUUUCCCUCCUUUUUUUACACAAGACACAUUACAUUUUAGUCAGAUGACAUCACCUGUCUCAGCAUGACUGAUGCCCUGGCUAUUUACAAAAAAAGUCCUGAAACACUUCAAAGGCAUCCUCACAAACAGGCCUGUCCUCCCCGACAUAACUGAUUACAGGCAGCCUUGAUUGUGUGUGAGGGGCAUUUAGUCAGGUAAGCAUCAGUGGGUAACUAUAUUACGCCAAUACAUCUUGCAUUGUAAAAACUACACUCAGUAAUGUCGUGUUCCUAAAUCCUUUAACAUGCUUUAUUAGGCAGCCUCGAGGUGACCAUUAUCUAUCAGCCUGCUCUGCAUAGCUCUUAACUAGGACAAUGUGGCUCUCUUGUCUGAAAAAAAUCCCUCCCUUAAUCUAUUUUUCUGCAGAUAGACAAACCUUGAUGCUGAUUAAUGGUAGUUAAACUCACAAGCACUCCGUCAAUGAGAUUGCAAAGAGAUGGUAAUGUAUUAGAGUCAUUAAAUACGCAUCAUUCUUUUGGCAUGAAAUAUGUUGACCCCAACCUGAUUAUAUACAUAAUUAAAAGUACUCAACAGUUCCUGAGCGCGCACACACACAGAGCUGCAGAGCAGAGAGGGACGGAGGAGCGGCUCGACAGGCAGGAGUCACAAUGAUGCACAGCAGACACGUCACUUAUUCUGGUCGUUUGUCAUUUCUGCCCUGCAUUAUUCUAGUGCAUAUAAAUUGCACAUUUUAUCAGUAACAAGGUGUGUUUGAGAGAUUUAAAGAGGAUUCAGAGCACAUGAAUAGACCCAAAUUUAAGAUUGUUGUUCAGAGUUUUUCUUUAAAAAAAAAUCUGAAUUAAGUAACAGGAGGGCAAAGUGAUAUACUCUAUAUGACACGUAAUAUAAACAGUAGCUUUGACCAUACUCCUCUAAAUGUCAUUUAAAUCCUGUUCAGCACCUUUUUUUGUGAGCGUGCUUCCCUCAAGUGCUUCAGAUAUGUACAAAUAGGCAAAAUAAGGGAAAAGAAUUAGUACAGAAGUAGAGCAUGAUUUAAAUAUGAGUUUAAGAUCAAAUUAAUAUUUGUUAGAAAUUGUUUUUUAAAAAUUAACCUAUUUACAGGACAGCACUAUAGGUCCAGCAGCUUUAACCACAGUGAAAUAUUCUUAAAGUUUUGGAUUUGAAUGAGCAAACUCAGACAGAAAGGCCUAAUGCAGUGUGGUCUACACUGCUCAGGCCUUUCACUGCAACUCUGGGUCGUCUUGCUGUCAUGACCAGAGAGCCAAGCAGCGACCCACAAUGAGGCGAGAUUGCCUGGACAGAAAUCAAUACCAGCAGGGGAUGGGAAUCAGAAGGCAUUGAUAGCAGCACUGGGUCCUUAUCGCUGUCCAGGCUGCCCUAUAGCAGGGCCACAGCCGAGUGAAAACACCCCUGAGUGAUGCUCACAACGCUAUCACCCUAUCAAACACCAUGUCGCUCGCAUGCUGCAAUCCAUCUUCUCCAAAACAAUUCAUUUGUCCUCUCUUUUCCUUCUCUUCCUGACAGAGAGGAACUAAGGCUCCACAGGCUGCUGGGAAGAUCCACACCGACUUUGAGAAGGGCUUCAUUAUGGCGGAAGUAAUGAAAUUCCAGGAUUUUAAAGAGGAAGGCAGCGAGAACGCUGUCAAGGUGAGCAGUCAGGGUGCCGAAGGAUGAGGAGGAAGUCUCCUGUGAUCAGUGGAGCUGACAGCCGGCACGCAGCUCCCAACUGCAAACUGCUCUUCACCUUUACUCAGGGGAAGAAAUUACUGCACACACUCCAGCAGCACUCCUGACAAGCCGACUGAUUCAGGCUCUAAACACUGGCAGUCUGCUCCAGCUGUGCAUAUCUUUAUCACAAUGUGUCUUAACUGGCUGAUGGUGGCUCUCAGAGGCAGCACUUCUUCACCUCACCAGGCGUUUAUCAGAUCUAUAGAGAGCACUGUUAGCUCCAAGUCCUCUUGCUGCACUGUAGGCGUGUGAUAGUGAUACAAAGCGGCAAGUUAAAUAAAGUGUGAAAUCCCUCAAAUAAGAACUGUCUCAUGGCUGGGUAGGGCAAAAAUGUGACUUCUGUGUCUUAUUCCUAUGAGGGAUUGUGUUUGUUUUGAUCUUUUUAACAAGGGCCUCUGUGCACACUCGUGUCACACGUGAUUACUGAUUUCAUGGUGAAUUUGUGGAGACUGUGCAGGCACUGCAUGCAAAAGCGCUACAGUGCUUUUCUUUUCCAAAAAUCUUGAUCUCAAAUCUACAUUCAAUAACUGAUACAAUCAUCUGUUUCACACUCUAGGAUGCCUCAAAGAAAGAACUUUUUAUGGGGUAAUUUCCAAAAAUACACAUUUUUUCCUAUCUUUGUUGUACCAGACAUAUCCUCACUGAGACACAGUGAAGCCUGGCCAAUACAACAUUAUGAUAAGUUUAAGAUAAGAUGACAAAUAACAGGCUAUAAACAAUUUAUUUGCAAUGCUAAGGAAUGAGACGACUACAGUCUACUGGAUGUUGACUUUGCUCAGACCAUGAUGAGGAGACGAGGGAGUGUAAAUUAAAAACAUAAAGUUUGCUGCUGAAAGUUUUAGUAGUCAGUCCAGAACAAUCAUAAAAAGUCAGCUAAUGUGGAGGAAACUGUUGCAAAAAGUAAGAAGCAUGAGUAUUAAGGCAACUAUAACCUUCCUAUGUGUGACAUAUGUGAGCCGCAGCUGUACCCAUGCUGUCACACUCUCACUACUGCAACCAGCGACUCCAUGUGCCCCCUUACACACUCCACUAAUGUAAUUAUGGAGACACACAGAGUGGUAAAGGAGCACCAUGAAAACAUUGAAAUCUCUUUCCCAUUCAAGCCCCCUUUUUUAAUAAGUAUUUAGUAUUUAAUGCAGCGGCAGUGUAUUGUCCACACCCUCCUUAAGCUGCAAACAGAGAGUGAAAUGUGCGACUCUCUGGGGAGCUCCUCUAUUGUUAUCCCGGGCCGAGAUCUGAGUGUCAGGUCCUUACUGCAUGCUCUCUUACUAAUCCCUUUUUGGGGCCUCAUAAGAACAUGAAGCGUCUCUGACUGUGGCAUUAAGGUCCGUGCUAUUUAAUGCCAGUUGUGGGAAUAGGCUGUUUGAAUAAGGCCAGUGUACGGGGAUAUCACAUUAUUAGUAAUCAUAUCUGCUUAAGCCAAGCUUGCUGCUCCAGAUGGCUGCUUUCAAGUGCAAAUGAACCAGUUAGACGUGUCUGGUUUAAUACAUACUCAGGAAUCACAAAUAGCCAUUGAUUUUUUUUCCUGUCUCCCUCUCCAUGCAGUGUUUCUGGUGGUAUUGAGCUCGGAUUAAAUGGUCUCCUGAGCCUUUAAAGGGACAUUGAUUCUUCUAAUUAAUUGUGCGCCGUGCAGAACCAGAAUGCAUAAACCUGUCCGUAUUAGCACUUCAAGUCAAUUAUUUUGAGUUUGCCGGGAAGGAGAACAAACACAUACUGUACACAAAAGAAAUGUUGGAACUUAUUUUGUUUCCUUGAGAAGUUUGACAGCGCUGUAAUCAAAGCCUUAUUAACAUUUUGCGCUGGUGCACAUGAAACCGAAAUGGGCACAAGAGAGGAUUAUUCACUCAGUGGGAAUUCAGACGCCCCUUGAACAAAACAUGGAUGCAAGUGUGUGUGUAAAUGUGAGUGAGAAAUGAGAGAGAAAAAUAAAGGGAGGAAAUAUGACACUUUUUAAUAGGAGUGAUAAUAAUUAAGUUGUAAAAAAAAAAAAGAUGAGACACUAAUUAGGAACCUGUAAUAAUUUCACGUUUUUGCUCUUUUUUUUUUUUGUUGUAAGAUGCUCUAAAAAAAUGAUGAGUCAAAGUGUAUGUGACAUUUUUUGACCUGUGCAUCACUCACUCCUCUGUUUUAAUCUUUUAUGUUGAUUAUUUUCUGUCUUUGUUUUCUGCAGGCAGCAGGGAAAUACAGGCAGCAGGGGAGAAACUACAUUGUUGAAGACGGGGACAUCAUCUUUUUCAAAUUUAACACUCCAAACGCACCAAAGAAGAAAUGA